CGCACUCUUGUCGGACGCAAGUGGUCGUUUCGCCGGCAGUUCUCUCGCGUCGAGUGGUCAUAGUGAAAAUACGAUAGACGGACGUUAAUAAGUGCAAUAACGGUUUCCCGAGUGUCGGCGAGUUGUUCGUCACCGAAGGAUGCCCUACGGCGUGUUAAAUGUCAAAAUGUUCGAACACCCGUGAAAAACAAACGGUAAAAAAACCAAAGACCAAAUCGUGCGAACCAGGUAUAAUGCUUAUACGUAUAGUGUCUUCUUCUCGUGCGUCUUUAUCCAAACGCAAGUUUUUAAAAUUACAUUGCAAACAUCAAUAUCGCACCUUAAUUUAUGUCCGCUUGCAACUUUAAGUUUUAAAAUCCCGGGUAAAAAAUUACAGCCUUAGGCGAUCUUUUUCGCCUUUAUCCUACGUGUGUGAUGUCAGUUACUGUUCUUGCUUUCCAAUGACCACUUUUCCGUCAACAUUUCGCUGUCUUCUCAUUAUAGCCUCAUAUCUGCCCUUAUCAAGCAAAUUAUUUCUUUCUCAGACUUUUCUCCCAGUUAAUCCCAACCGAACGUAUCAUAUCAACUCGCCUUUAUUAUUGACUAUUUCAUCGUUCGUCCUCUCAGUUCGCCCGUCUUACCAUACCAUUACUCAUUUGUUCUGUAACACCCGCUACUUGUAGAACAUGCCUGUUGUAUAGCAUAUUAUAUUACAUAAUACUAUCAAAUUUGGUCAGGUACACCAAACAUUCACCUUAGUAUUCUCAUUUCUGCUUCUUUGCCGAUUAUCGUUGGACUCACAAAAGUUAUAUACUCGUAAAACAUUUAUAUUAUCUUAAAGGACAUGUUUUUAUCACCCAACACGCCAACGUUUUUCUCCACUAAAUUUAGCCAAAAGUAAUUCAACUAACUAUACAGCCUACAUAAUUUCUAUAAAUUUUCUCAUAACGCUAAAUCUAUAAAUUGAACUGGUCGAUUUGAUUUAUAAUUUGACAGUGAACAAGAAAAAAAAAUAAUAACAAUAAUAAAUCUCGUUUAGAGCAAUAAAUUGAUAAAAAAAAAAAAACUCGCAAAUGAGUGAUCUCGUCACCGAACGAUUGUAUAAAAACGUAUGCUAAUGCGAACUGACAUCCGCUUUGCCUUUGCACCCUAUUGUUCGAUAAUAGGGUAACGCUUCGGAAUAACAACGUCUCCGAGCAACGGCGAGUUAUUUCUAAAGAGUUUUCACAAAGUUAAGCGAAACCUUUUGUGUACAACCGCGGCGACCGUGUCUAUAUUUUUUUCCCCGUCUUAUAUUUAUAUACUUCAGAUGCAAUCCAAUAGCGCUUUCAAAACCCGGCAGAAAAAUAAUGUACAAUCGCCGCGAUACUGCUCCUGCAGUUGGUCGCAAAACUACAAUCUAUAAAAACGUUAUCUCUAUGUAGUACUCGCCACCCGGACUUCUUUUCUGGAAAUCAAUUUCAAAUUAAAGUGAAAUGCACUCUUACGUAUUUUUUUUUUUAACCGAAUCACCAAAGAACACAGACCGCUUUUUUAGAAAACAAUAUAAAAUGAAUGCGUUCUUCAUAAACACUGCUGCAAUUAGCUUGAUUGGAUCUUAUUCGAGGUUUUUUGGUAUUUUCUCGUUAAUUGAUACAACGAUACUCCAAACCCAUAUAAUAUUUUUACAACAACGAUUGUAUAAAUAUAAUUUGCAAAAAAUAUAUUACUUAUUAUAUAAUACAUUUUGAUUAUAUAAUAUGUUUUUAUUAAAAUAAAAAAAAGAAUUGUAAAAAUACAUACUGUAAUCGAAAUUUCAUUCAUUUCAUAAUCAGACGAUUACAAAAUAAUAUUGCAAAUAAAAAUAUAAAUAUAAUUAGUGAGAAGAUAAUAUAAGGACUGAUCACAUGUAAUCCUAAAUAAUAGACGAGAGUUUCGUAAAAGUAAUAAAAGAUUUAAAAAAAAAAGGUAUACCUACUACUUAAUAUUUUUAUUGGACUUUGGCGUAAAAAAAAAAGUUUUUGGUUUUUAAUUCUUGACCGACGGCGUGCAGUGCGCUAGCAGUGGUUUUAAUACCUACUAUACCAGCCUUCAUAUAGUUUUCUGAAUUAAUUUAUGCACCCCAAAAAACAGGACGAAACGACGAAGAGUAGGACUUUUAAUGAAGGGUUUAUUUUUUUUUUUUAAUUCCAUCAACACUGAGUUUUCCAUCAGUCGACGUCACUGACCGUGCGCUGCCGACACUGCCCAAGUCAUGGUUAAAUGUUGAGUUUAAUUUCAUAGUACUAUAAUAUAAUUUAUAAACGUUUCAGCAAACAUACUUAACUUUGACUUAUAUACAUGCGGCGUAACACAAAAGCGUGUUUACAGUCGGUUUUGAAAGUUUGAUCACAACUUCUGCUCACCACACAUGCACACGCCCCCAAGGAUAAAGGACGAGACUAUUAAAUCGGUAUAAUUUCUGAUUAUAAAAAUUAAAAUUUUAAGAAGAAAAGAAUGAAACUUUUAUUUUUGUUUUUACUAUCCUAUACCUACAUUAUUCAAAAAAAGACAACAUCGUAAUUUAUCGUAAACAAAUUUAUUCUCUUUUUUUAUUAUUAUUUUUAAUCUUGAAAAUUAUACAACCCGUACACAUAUAAUACAAUAAGCAUAAAAUAUAAUAAAUUAAAUAAAAAAAUUAAAUAAAAUGUACAUGAAAUGAAGAUGCCAUCCAGCGACAGUACUUCGGCGGGAGUACAAAUUUAUUCUAAAGCAUGUAUUUUUGUAAUAUUAUGAUAUCAAAUUGAAAGAUUUUUGUUAUUAAUUAUCGGUUAUUUAUUUUGAAAUUAAUGUAAUCAGACAACUUACACAAAUCAUUCAAUGAUUUUAUUGACGUACAGCACACUUAUUUUAAAUUAUUUUUGAAAAUCCAUUAAAUUUCAAUAUCAUCAUACUAUUUUUGUUAAAACUACAGAAUCGUUGACUAAUGGACAUAAUUUGUGUUUUGUUUCUAAAAUAUAAUAAAUUAUAUAUUCAAUAUAUUUUUUUUAGUAGGUAUUUUAAAAAUAAUUUGAUCGUUUUUUUUUUUUUUUUUUGUAAUCUAGUUUCUAUACUAGAUGUCAACUUGAUCAAAUCAUUACCUAAUAAUAUUAUAUCUAUACUUAAUUACAUACCAAGUUAUUUGGUUUGAAAAUAAUGACACGACUUUCAGACCACCAAAGUUCACGCGAACUUGCAAAUAUUUUUAAAUCCUAUAAUAACACUCUCGCGUGAUACAUUAAUCAACGAUGGAAGGGAAUUUAUUCGUAUAGUGUUGCAAUUUUCUUAUUUAAUUUUAGAUUACUCGUAAUAAGUUGAAUAAUAAUUCCAUAAUCAACAUCAUACCUAUAUUAUUCGCUAUUCUGCGAACACCAACUAUUCCCGGGAAAAAGUAGGAAUUUACUCGUGAUAAUAUUAUGUACUACGUAUAACAGUAUGUAGGUACAAUAUUACAACUUGCAGGUUUUAGGUGUAAAUUUAUCGUCUUUUGAAAGAUUUAUUUGUAGCUAUGUGUACACUACACAAAACACGCGCAUUCACAUACACGCACACACACAUUAUACACAUACCUAAAUUUUGCAUAUAAAUUCACACGGUGGACCGCAAGUUUAAAUUUACACACAUUUUCGGAUAAAUUAAAUUUAGCUAUAUUUUAUGUUACAUUUGUAGGGAUGUUUAUAUUGAUAGAUAUUCUUUGUACAAUACGUAUAGUACCUCUGUCUCAGUAUAUGUAUAAACUCAUUAUAAUUAUAUUAUAAAUUUUAAUUUUUUUUUUUUUUUUUUUAAACCAUAGAUCAGAAAUUUAGCAAUCGUUGAAUUCAUUUUUAUUUCUAUAACGAUAUUUCUAACUUAGAAAUGAAAUGCAUUGAUUAGAUUAAUCAAAUAAUUAUUACAAUAAUAGUAUCUUUUACCUAUUGCAAUGGUGUGUGUAAUUACUAAAAAAUAACAAUUUAUCGUAUUUUUUAAAACGAAAAAUUGUUUAAAAAAUAAAACUGUUCAUAAAUGUUAGUCAAAUAUAGAAUAUGAAUUAUUGCUUGUAUGAAAUGAAAUGUUCGUUUUUAAGAUAGAAAUAAAUAUGAAUUUAAACAUAUUGAAAAAUGUGGAUAGUUGAAAAAUUAAAUGAAAUAUUUAUGUUCGAAAUUAUAUGCGAAUGUACAUAAUAUAUUAUCUACACUUUUUAUAGAAAUCAUUUUUAUUUUUAGAAUUGUAAUAAUUCAGAUUCUGGGAGCAGCUCGGAAGUUAUUAAUUUUAAAAUGAUAUAUUUUUCGAAUACGUCAAAUUUACAAUGAUGUAUUAUAUUAUUUUUAUAUUUUUUUAUCUAGUGUGUCGAGUUAUCGAGAAAAAUAAGUGCUUCAAAAUAGCGCUGUUUUAUAGCUAUUGUUCUAUUGAUUGAAAACUAUACAGGCACACAAGUUAUUUUAUUCAUUAUUUGAUUAAUAUACUUUCUUUUAUUUUUAUUGGAAUAUUUGUACAAUACAAAAAUAACCUCAAACAAACUAUGAAUACAAUUAUUAGUUUCUUGUAAUUCAGAAUUACUUCAAAAUACCAUCUAUACAGUACCGUACAUUUAUUCAUUAUUUAUGAUUUAUCAUACCCAUAAUACAUUAUACAUACAUUUAUUUACAAAAAUUAAAUUAAAACCAUAGUAAUCAUAUUAUGUAUUACAAUAAAAAUACUCCAUAUGUUGACUAAAUAUUAUGAAUUUUAUCAUCACGUUUGAUGGUAUUACUUUGAUCCUUUUUGCAUGCAAAUGGUUUUAUGUUUUAUUAUUAUUGUUUCGUACAAACCGAAAUAUAAUUACAAUUUCAUUUAAUUCUAACCUAGUGAAAAACUCGUUAAAAUAAUAUGUUAGGUAUAAUAUUUUUGUCGUGACAUUUAUAAUUUUAAUUUUUAAUCUUUUAUGUUUUAUAUACAAUUUUACUAUUAAUUCAGAUAUUUACCCUUACUCGUAUAUCUCAUCUAUAUUUUCAGUAGACCUCAAAACAUUUUUACAAACCAUUUUUUUUUUUUUUUUUAUGUUUUUUUGAAUUUUAAAAACGUUUUGCAUAUACCCUUUACUGUAAAUACUCGGUAUCGUUUUCGGAGCGCCGCUGUCUGGUUUAUAAUUGGUUUCGAAUUUAUAGUCAUAUUAUACAAUGGUACGAUACUAAUAUUUUCGUCGAGUUGAACGAAAUGAAACGAGACGAGUACCCAACACCCAGUCUCGAGGGGCUGACUGCGGAAUGUUGUAGCCACUCCAUAAUAUUUUAUCUGACCUCAGCUUAUAGUCGAAAUUCGUUUUUUUUCCGCGAAUACGCAUUUUUAACCAAAUAUUUUAUAAGUUAUUGAUACUCGCAUUAUAAACAUUAGCCGUUAAGUGAAAUUGAAUUUGCGUCAUAAUAACGAAACAAGCUCAUUUCUAAGAGGGGGUGGGGUGAAAGUCGACUGAGCAAAUUUCUCAUUUUUGAUUGCUAGAAAAUUAAACUAAUAUCAAAUUUAUUCAGAAUACAUGUGAAUUCGAAAAUGUUUGACAAAGUUCUUAAAAAAUAUUCCAUGAGGCUAUAACAAGUGUAACAAAACAUUAGUAAAAACCUAUAAUGCCCAAAUAAGCUAUAUAUUUUUUAUUUAAACUUAUAUUUUUGGUAGUUAAACGUGUUUUAAAAAAAUUAUCCAAACGCUUUUCACCCGUAGGUACAAGGUAAAUAUACACGUUACUUUUAGAUGGCGAAAUGAAGUGUAAUUGCAUGUAUUAAAUGUAUUAUAAUAUUAUAAUACAAAUAACUAUAAAGAACACACAUAAGAAUAUCAUGGUUAGGAAACUGUCGUGGUCAGAAACUUGUGAAAGUAUUUAAUGAUAUCGAUUAAUUUAGUUUAAAUAUUUCUGAAUACAACGACAAAUCAUUAGUAAUUAGUUAAAAACAAAAAACUAGCCGGAGCUCAUAGAGAUCUUUUACCUGAUUGCGAUGACAAUCGUUAGAAUCAUUUCCCUUGGUUGUCAAGGGAAUCCGGAAAUCAAGAGUGUUGAGGAUUUUUACUAACUUUAAAAGUGUUCAUUAAUCUUGUUAACACCAAAUUACUAGGUCAUAAUACCUGGUAUUUUUAAGUGAGGUAAUAUAGUGAAAACGCAUUUGGUUUUAUACUUACACAGGUCGGAUCAGGUCAUAUUUUUUAGUCCCCGUAUCAAAAACCGGGCAAUAAAAAGAAUCAUAAUAUGGAUCAAUAAGACUACGUCAUGAUAACGGUAAAACGGUUAAAAAUAAUAUGAUGAUAUUUUGUACACUAAGGUCAAUUUUGAAUUUUAAUUUCGAUUAUUCUUAAUCGAAUAAAAUAUGUUGGUGAUAAUAGACGAUAAUAUUCAGUCAUAUGGUCUAAACAUAAUUUUUUAUAGGUAUAGACAAAGAUGAACCAAUAGGUUAACGGGGAUAAACUGUUAGCCAAUAGCCUAAAAUGUUUUAUACGUUAAAAAAGAAGAGGUGUUUCUACUAAUGGUUGUAAAAGUUGGAAAUUUGAUAUAUAGUUAUUUAAUCUAAAUUUAUACUCAACGAUAUUUUAUUGUUAACGAAAAACGAUUCUGAUCGAAACUUAAUUAAGCAAUUCUUUAAAACAAAUUAUAACAAAACACAUAUUUAUUUAUGAAUUGUACCUAUGGUAAAACUGCAGCAGCGCCGCCGCACUCUAUACCACCAUUACCACCGUACUCGAACGGCGAACACGUAAUCGUUGACACCACCGGUGAUAUACACGGCAGCCAAAAUUAUCCCAUAUACACUACCACCGCAACCGCUGUUACAACUUUAUCGUGCGUGUGCGCUAGUUCAAAGAUUUCGAAUGCCUAUAAAUUGUUCAAAAGUCUCUAGAAUGUUUUGAAAAAUUGUCCACGUCUAUAUAAAUCUAAUAUAAAAACUAUGUGCAAAUUUCAGAUUUCUACGAUUAUUUUUAACCGAAUUUUGACAGAAAUAAAAAUCGAAAAUAAUGAAACAGCUUUUCCUAUUUUUUUCUGUUUUUCACAAUUACAAGGAAAAUUAAAAAAAUAAAGCCCCAAUUUAAUCAUGAAUACAAUGAAAAAAGUCUAUAAUUUUUUGACCAGCCCAAGAAUUCUGAUUCAAAAUAUAUUAAAAAAAUAAUAAUAAUAAUAAUAACAAUAAAACACACAUGGUAAUAAAAACAAUACAUUCUUUGCUACUAUCAGAAUCUUAAACCAUAAGUUCACCUUACUCAUGUUAACGUCAAAGUGUCAAACUUGAAUAUACCUUUGAGGUAACGUAUACUAUGUUUUUGAUGGCGUAUCAUUUUUAAACCGAAUGAUAUCAUUGUUUUACGACGCAGUAUAUUUUAUUAUGAAAUCGGAUAAACAAAAAACUACACUCCACGUAUUUUAUUAUGCUGAGACAAAAACAAAAUUAUUCAUACUCUGAGUUAAAAUACAUAACGUACGGAAAGAUAUAAAUUUAAAAUCGGCAAAGAAAUGUUGAAAAUAUUUUAUACGAGAGCUAAAAACGAUUAUACGGUACCUCACUAACAAUGGAUUGGAAAUAUGACGUAGCUACUUUAUAGCUUUUUUACCUGUAUUGGUAUUGAACCUCUUUUGAGGGGAAAGGGAUAUUAAUAAUUGUAUUAUUAUUUUAUUUUUUUUUUUAAUAUGUGUAAAUUCCAAAGUUAAAUACUAAAAUUUUUGGCACUAUAUAAUCUAAAUAUACAUAAUGUAUAUAUUAUAUUUAUUACAUAUAGGUAAGUUAUUAAUUAAACGAAUAUUAGUUGAAAUUAUUACAUUGAUUCGAUAAAAUAUAGUACGUUAUAAAUCAUGAUUAACAAAAAAAAAAAAAAAAAAAAAAUAUAUAAGUGCCUACAGUUAAAGCUUCACCCGAGAGAGGGUCUUAGGGGACAACCCCCUCCCCAGCCACCGAGAUUUUUUCAUGUUACGGUUUUACCUACAAUUAUAUUUUGAAUAGGUUCUAGCGAAUAUAUUAUAUAUUAUGUAGACAAAAUCUGACGGACUCAAUAGUUCAUUGGUCACGAAUCGAACGUUUAUCAAACUUCGGGAGAAUAAUAUUUACUAUUAUUAUUAGGAUUGCCAGAUUUUUAAAUCCCCAGACAGGGACAUGAUAUUGAAUGACCUUUUUUUUUUUUUAUGUUACGCUAAUUAAAUACAUGUAUACGGUUAUUCCAGCCGGAGUAUUUGUGAUUACUAUGAAUGAUACAAUAAUGCAAUGUACGAUAUUCUUCUAUAUUUUAUUAUUAGAUAAUACAAUAUUAAAUUUUAUAUUUCUCUCUCAGGCCACUACUAUUGCAGUCCGGGACAAACUGAAUGACCGGCCGGGACACCGAGACAUGCCCUUAAAACCGGGACGAAUGGCAAGCAUAAUUAUUAUUAUUAUUAUACGGGUACGUUUAUAAUGAUGGCAAUAUAGUCCACGGGGGGAACGGGGGACGGAGGUGAAGGAAAUAAAAAAAUAAAACGGACGGACGGAGAAAAAGUUUUUUCGCAUGUUUAUAAUGAAAUCUAAAAACGCCGCGGUCCCGAGCGGAUUGCAGGCGACGACGACGAGGAUAUAACCGGACUGACAGGUCCGCGCGGGUAUACGUCAUCCUGACCAACGGCCGUUUCGAGGGAACGUACGGUAUAACGACUUUCGGCCGGUGCGAGAACAGCGCCCGCCGUCCAUUAUCGCUCGCUGAUGACUUCGGGGACGAACACAUCGCCGCGCGCCUGGGCAAAAGGGUCUAUCGGACGGAGACCUGGUGGGAAUUCGAGGCUCCGCAGUCGAUACGCGCGCACACACAAAUCCCGGCAAUCUGACUAUCAUACAAUAGGGGAGGGGAAGGAGAGGCUCGGUUGGCCUGCACAGUUGUCAGAUUAUCGGGAUUAAUAGAAAAUAAUAAAAUAAUAAUAAAAAUAAUAUGGUAUGUACCGAAUCAAAUUGUAUAAUAUUACUGUAGAUGAAUUUGAAUUUAAAAAGGCAGUAACCGUUUUCAAUAUCUUGACAUAAUAAUACAAGUAACAAGGGGGUAAGGGGUGCGAGAAUGAAUGUGAGAAUUUGGAUUGUAAACUUGGCCACUGAGGAAACCAGAUGAAAAUAAAUGUUUGGUACUUGAAAGAAAAAUAUUUCCGACGAUCUUUAGACUAGUAAAGGAUAACUAUCGAUGAGUGGAGACUUAGGAAAAAUAGAAAAUCACUACAAAUAACGUUUGAAGAUAAUAAUAUUUUAGAGAUCAUUGUUGUUCAUCAUGUUGAUGAAAAAUGUAUAUUUAACAUUUAUUGUAUAUUAAUUUUAUUUGAGUCUACUAGAUAUGAAUUCAAUAAAUAAAUAAAAUGGAAGGAGAAAGAUUACGAUAAGCUGGACAUGCAUAAAGAACCAUUAACUUUUUUAAAUCCCUUCAAAUGGUUAAUUUUUUUAAUUUUUUAAAAAUGCAUAUGAGAUGGUUUUCUUCAAAAUAUUUAUUAUUAAUAUUUUUUAAAAUAUACUUAUAUAUUAUCUUAAAAAAAAAAAAGGCACUUUUGUCUGUAUUAUGUUAACAUGUUUUACCACUCUUCCCGCUUCACUCUUCAUUAUCUAUAAGACGUGAGACGUCUUCCAAGGAAAUAUUCAGUCAAUUAUGCUCAUUUGACUCCGAGACAUGUGAUCAACGAAUUUAAACUUUUACCAAACGAUCAAACUUUUUUUUUAUAGUUUCAUAUUAUUUUCUAAUUUAAUAACACGUAUUAAUAUAAGAGCGUGUACACUAUACACAAGAUUACCCAAGCCAUCAACUCAAAAAAAAAUUGUAAAAACCUACUUUCCCUUACGAAAAUAUUAUUGUCAGUUUUGAAAAAUGCAAACGUGACUCAAUAAUUUCAAAAUAUUCUAUUAAAAUAGAUUUAUCAAAACUUAAAAUUUAAAAAAAUCUUCUAAUACAUAAUUUUAACGUGAAUUAGAAGAUUUUUAAGAGAAAAUAUUCAUUUAAAAGGUCACAGGUUCUUAAAUUGAAAAGGUUAUAAAAUAAAAUAAUUGAUUAAAUUAAUACCUAUUAAAUUUACUCUAUAAUGUGUUUCAUUCAUUGUUAUUCAUUUUUUGUCUUUCCUAAAAUAAAAGGUGAAAACCGUCGAUAAAACGGGAAUAUACAAUAAAACUCGCUUAAGACGCUCCCGCUUAAGACGCUUUCCGGCAUAAGACGCUGUUUUCCGUAGGUCACUAGACAUUUCCUAUACUAGUCAAUGUAAAGAUCACCUGUUAAGACGCUCGGUUUUUCUUUAUCUAAUCGGACAAGACGCUCUUUUGUUCAGCAGAUCACGAAAAAUCUUAGUAGUUUUGUAAAAAUAAAAAUAAACACACCUAUCAGAAAUUCGAAAAGUAUUUUUCUCUGUAGAAAAUGCCGAAGAAAUUUUGAAUUAUGUUAACAAAAUAGAAAAAUUUCUUGCUGAAACGCAUUGUCAGAAUCUUAAGCAAACAAAAAUUGAUAAUUUGUUUAAUAUAAUAAAAUAGAAAUAAUAAUAAUAAAAAUACAUAUGUAUUUGUAUUAAUGUAUUUCUUUUUUAAUUGAAUUCAAUAUCAAAAAAUUUCUGUAUGUAUUAAUAAUUAAUUUAUAAAUGUUAAACCCGUUAAAUUAUGUGCAAUAAUAAAAAAAAAUUCAAUUUAUCAAUCACUUAAUUUUUCAACUCCCGCAUAAGACGCUUUUUCGCUUAAGACGCUCUUUAAGAGACCAGUUCUCUAGAGCGCCUUAAGCGAGUUUUACUGUAUUUGCGGCACACUGGUUUCAGCAACCAAAAUCGAUUAUCUUUUUUUAUUGCGAUAUUCGGUAAUGUAAAAAUUGUACAAAGACCUGAAGUUUUUAUUGAAUAUUGUUAUUUACCUACACUAUAUAAAUAAUGAUUUUUGAUCAAUAAUAAUUAUUAGACGUAGAGAUUUUCGGGCAACAAUAAAGUUUUCAUUUAAUAAAUAAGAAUAUUUUCAGAAUAUACACACAAGGGUUGACAUUUUGAAAUUUGUCUUAAAAUUUGGUUAUUUUGAUACCAUAACAGGAACUUCUUAUCCCUCCCCCUCUUCAUUUCAAUCAUAACCCGUUUGACGGAAAUAGUUAAUGUUAGGUACAAUACUCAACUAAAACACAUUGCAUAUGUUUUAUUUAAAAAUUAUAAUAUGAAAUAUCGUCGCGGUGAUAUUUCAUAUCGUUCUGCGUUCAUAUUGGAAACAAUGGAAAUAAAGUACUAUUCCAAAACCAAUGUCUGCGGUUGAAUCAGUCUAUCAUUAUACAAAUCUUCAACCUAACAUUCAAAUACGUUUGUGAUUAUUUGCACGUUGCCAGUUAUAUCUUCAACUCCUGAGAGAACGUUUUCCAAUCUUAACCGUAUGAACACUUAUUUAAGGAGCUCUAUGUCUGAAAAUAGACUCAAUGAGGUGGCCAUGGCUAAUAUCAACAAAAAUGAAGAUAUUAAUGAAAAUGAAAUAAUUACUGUCAUUGCUCAAAUGUCUACAAUAAGGAUGCAAUUAACAGAAUGGAUCAAAUAAGCAGUAUUUAUUUCAUUUUCAUUAAUGUUUUCGUACUUUGUUAAUAAGUUAGUGUAUAAAUAUAUAUAUUUUUUUUUUGUUCUAAGUAUGUUAAAAAGUAAAAUCCAUAUUAAUACUAACACUUUAUAUAUUGUUUGGGUUAAACUCCCAAAACCACUUCGUACUUACACCAAUGACCGAGCAAAAAAGUAUUUAGCUCACCCCCCCCCCCAAUAAAAAAUCCUGGCUACGCCACAGUCGUUGCCCGUGCAUAUGUAUAAAUCGGAUUCUUCGUUCGUCAAUUCGGCGAUUUACAAUUCCGCAUAUACCUCGUAAGUUGUGACGUUGUGACGUUAUAACGUUUCGGUUACGAUAAUCAGAUUAUUUAUUUGGCAGAGAAACGCAUAUUCGAGCAGUUAGAGUUUAUGAACAAGUUUUCGGUAGAUUGGUAUAUAAUCAUAUCUUAUCAUUCAUAUUUAGACAUUUUUAGAUGGAGGUCAAUAGGGCUUGUCUGACUUUGGAAGCUGGGGUGUGUCAGUUACUGUUGCAUUUUAAAUUUUGUGUUUAUAGCGUUUAUAGUGUUAAUGUAAUGGAUAAUUUGGAAGUUUUUGUCAUUAAUGUCCAAAAGGAAUAAGGGACUAACUGUGGUUGAUGAAUAUAAACAUAGAUUUAUCGGUGUUUGUAAACGCGAUCAACUUUUAAAGUAGCGCAGUUCUUCCAGUAAAAUAUGCACAAUGUUUAUUUUUACGGACUUAGAAAAAAAAGUUGUUCAGAAUUCAACAGGUGUGCAUAAUCAUCCAGCAGAUGCUCCUAAUAAAAUAGAAAUACAACUCCUUAGAGAAAACUGUGAUCGAAAAGCAGAGGAAUCAUUUUCUAGUAAACCUGUAAAAAUUAUUUGGAUAAAGUUACUCCUAACACCAGAAUUCUAAUGUGAAUUUUUUCAAAUUAUUCCGACAAUUUUGUUUCACCUACGGGCAACGAUCCAAUUUUAAAAUUAAUAUUUCCUAAUACAUUAACAAUAAUCACAAUUAACAUUAUUUUGUAUUUCGUUAUAUUAUAAAAACAUCCACUGGAUUAUUAUUUUUUAUUUGUUUUUUGUACCUUGUAUUUUUGAUCUUUUUUUCUUCAUCAACAAUGUUGAUCCUCAUAUGUAACUGAAUUUGAAUCGUUUUCAAAAUUUCAUAAAGAACAAAAAUAUUUAGAUGGGGCUAAUAAGAAUAUUUUCCAAAUAUUGAGAGAAGCGAAACACAAGAAUUUGUAUUUCUUUCGUCUGAUAUAUUACACUAUGCCCAAAUAUACGGUGAAAAAUGUGCAUGUUCAUCAAUGUAAUAUGUAUCAACGUGAUAUACGAAAAUAUACUAACUCGCAUUUUUAUAUAAUAUUUAAGAUAUCUAUCGGCGCAAAUAACGUACAAAUAGGCGUUACAUCCGAAUGUCGAUCGGCGCAGUUGACGUGCCUAUACCUGCCUUUUCUUUUCAUUUUUAUCCCGUAAUUUUCCUUUUUUUAUACCUGCGAUUUCCGGCGCAACCGAUACAACCCCUUGAACGUAAUAUAUAAGGACUGUAAGGGCUGUCGGCGAUGAUCGAGACGGUCGUCCGUCCUUUGCGGGUUAAAUUCUUCGUCACUCCGUCAGUGCCGCACCGCCGCGCCGCGCCGCCCGGCUAUAAAAUAUUUAUUAUAAUACGAGUAUUACGUAUUAUUAAAAUACACGACACCGCGUGAUAGUAAUGCGUAUUAUAAUAACAACAAUAAUAAUAAUAAUAAUAAUAAUAAUAAUAAUAAUAUUAAUAAUAUAUUAUAACCUGCGCGACGGCGUCGGUGUUUAUUAAUCGCGUGACGUGGGAUUGGCGGGGGCGGGUCGCAAAACGCGUUUUGGCGCGGCCGUCGCGUCGUUAAUCAUUUUCGGCCACGGCGACGCGGUUAACAUUCGCACGCGGUCAAUCGCGGACGCGUAUAACCGCACACCGGCCCGCGGCGCCGCCGGUAAUUAAUCACGGAUUGAUAACGCGAUUUCGUUAUACCGAAACGUCUGUAAAAUAUUAUUAUAAUAAUAAUAAUAAUAAUAACAACAACAACAAUCGGCUGCGGGCGUGUUAUCGCGCGCGCGUUCCGUUUCCCGUAAAAAUAAUUAUGCGUUCCCCGACGGAAGGGCCAAUCGAAAGACCCUGACGCGCGCACUGUACCGCGUACCUAUCGGGUAGCGAACUUUUCAACGUUUGAACGGAAACGAAUUUUGUCCGCGCACCAAGUCUGAACAAAUCGGAAUAUUCUGCGGCCGUGUGCUGGACGAGUCACCUGUGGGGCCGCGAUGACGGUCGCAACAUUCCGUUUUCUACACGUUUUCGUGCGUUUCAAUUGUUUUAAAAAUGUUGUAGUAUAGUAGCAUACACGAUACGAGUUCAUCGAGUAGUGAUGAAGAAGAAACGGCUUCGCUUUCUUGACUGAAGAAAAUGAAAUAACUAACUAAGAACAACAGAGACAGUGGAUUCGUAUUACAAACACGACACGGAAAAAUUUGUGUAAACAAUAAUAAUGACCAAAAGUACGUGAAUUUCGCGCGUGAAUAAGCAAGUGCCGACUACCGACGACGUUCGAAACGCUUCGGAAUCGGUCAAAAUAUUCUCGUCAAUCUAUCCCCGAUCCGAUCCAGUGUGCGAUAUCCGGUUUAGAGCUAAUUAGGCUAACAAUAUUUUUUCCGUUUCGAUCCGAAUCCAUGCAGUGUGCGGCGAAUUAAAUGUUGUCAACUAAUAAUAUGGUAUUGUUAGGAUAAUAAUUUUGUCACAAAUUGGAAAGCCUGUCGGUCUUACUGUCUGAAUGUAAUAAAAAAUGGUAGUCAAUUCAAUAAUUGAACUGGUCACUUUUUUUUAUAGAUAUAUGUAUAGGCUCUCUGCCUAUAUCAAACGUACAAAGCGGUAUGUUAUAUUGUCACACAUAUCCAAUGUCAAAUACUUAAAGAACCCUGAUAUAGAGAUCCGCGGUUAGACAUUUGGCUGCUACAACAAUGAUAAGACAUUAACCUAACUUUAUUGAAACACUGUUAAUCGAUGGUUUCGUUUUUCGUUCAUUUGCAGUAACUCUUCGAGAACUCGUUAGGGACCUAUUGGAAUGUCAUUUUCUAUACCUACCUACGUGGAGUGUAAGGUGCGGAUCGAUAAAUCACUAAAACGGUCUCAUUGAUGGCGGACCGUAAACAGGUAUUUCGCCCUAGGUAUUUUCGGGUAAUUUUGAAAUGUUUGUGAAUUAAUUAAACGCGGGGAGGUUACAAGUACAAAUAAUUUUGAGGGAACAAAGCCCUCUAGAUCCCAAAUAGUCGCGCUUAUGUGCACUUAGUCCGUAACACGGCUGCCACUCGACACUGACGGCGAUAUCGUUUAUUUUUUUUGUUAUUAUUAAUGACAUCACGAUCAUGGUCGUACUCAAGAACGGUAAUGUAUUUCAAUAUUUUUCUAAAGAAUCGAAGUUUUUCGGAGGAAACAACAUUGACAAUGUUAAUGCAAGAUAGGAAGAAUAGUUGAACAUCAUAAUUUGUAUUAUUAUUGACUGGAUUUGUAUCCAAUGGUCAUAUAUAAUCACAUAUAAAUCAUAUAUAAAGUGAUCAUUGAAUGUUUGAUGAAAAAUGUGUUAAGUAUAGUAAAUAUGAAUAUGAUUUAGUAUUUUAUUCAAAUAAAAACUAUCUUAAUUGAUAAUUAACAAAAUGCUCGUGCAAUUUUGCCUGAAAUUAUAAAACAUCGAAUGAAAAUCGUUCAUAUGCUAAUUAUAUGAAUGUCGUGGCACACGACACGUCACGUUGAAAUUAAAAUAGUCAACCGUUUCAAUUUUGAGUUGUCAGUUGUUUUUGAAGAUCGUUGAGUUGCCUUUCGUCUGAUUUUACUAUGAAUUAUUAUUCGUUAAAGAAUUUAAAUAUUGUUUCCGAAGUAUGAAUAUUCAAAGGAUAGACAUUUGUUUACUAAAAAACCUUAAGGUACACGUCCAAUUGUUCGAAUCCUUCACAAAACUCAUGGACUCUGAUUAAAAAAUUAGUCAGAAAUAAAAAUUUGUAAUAAAAAAUGUCACAAAUUCACGCAACAUAAUAACUACAAUACAUCGUGUGUCAUUUAUUUAUGCAUAAACAGGAGAAUAGGUUUAUUAAAUAGUGUGCAAAACACUUAGAAUCGAGCGAAAAUGUGUACCUACCUAUAGUUAUAUAUAUAAAGGAAAUAAUACGCCGUGUUGUGUAAUGUCCGUAGGAAAAUCGCGGAAGGGAUAAAUGGGUAUAAACACGGUAAAAUCGUAAAAGUUGACGAAAGUUUAUUUUCGAAAAGGCGAAAAAACCGGUAGGACGGGGUAUACUUAAAGAAUAUAGUGGAUAUUUGAAGGGUACUCUGUGUUUUUAUUAUUUCUUAAAUCAUAGUAGUUUGGUUGUACUAUAUAUAUACAGUUGUAGGUACCUAAACAGUAGGUUUAAAUAUGUAUAUACAUAGGUACAAUGAAAACAUAAUACAAAAGUUUUCAAUUAAAUUUAAGUACACAUUUAUUUAAUAUACUUUAAGUUUGGCUCUCUUUUUCCGGACACUCUACAUAAUGUGCCUGUAUAUGCUUAUACUAUACAGCGAGUGAGACAACACGGUGGCAGAAGGGAGACAAAUAAUAAACAUUUAUUUUUUAACUUAUAAUUAUAAAAUCGGCAGUAAGUAUAUUCAUUCACGUAAUCGCAUUACUUCAAUAGUGUUCAUUUUCUUUCUGUAGUGUAUACCUUAAACAUAUACUUUUUAAUAUCGUCACACUGAAAUCGUAUUUUAUUAUUCUCGGUACAUUAUGAUGUUUUUUUAGGUGAUUAAAUGCGCACGUUUUUAUUUAUCGAAUCGAUUUUGUUAGAAAUAUAACUGCCGCUGUCUUUAUAUGCGCUGUUUAAAAUAUUAAACACGUCUCAAUAAUAAAUCCGUCUAUUGAUUACUACAUUAAAAUAAUAAAUAUGUAAAUAAUUCAAAUACUAUAUUGUAAAAAUAUCACUAAUGAUUAAAAAAAAAAAUAACGCUCAAAAAAUAUCCUAAUAAAAUAAAUAACAAUAAUAAUCUAAAUAACUUACAAUAUUUCUACACGUUUUUAAAUCAACUUCUUAUAAAUUAAGAUUUUUAUUAUCGGGUAUGGAUGGUAAAAUAAAAAAAAAUAAAAAUUGUGUGACAAAAAAUAUCUAAAACUUUGAGGAUUAGAAGGUAGACAUUAAAGUAUGAAGUAAUGUAAUGCUUAAUACGAAAAUAAUCAACCGUUUUAGACUCGCUGCAAAACAGAAAGGUAUUUAACGAUAAUCUAUAGAAGCAUUUCAAAUACAGUAAUUUUCGACUUUUUUUCCUGAUGUAUACCACGGAUAUAGCACAUUUAACGCUAAAUUAGAUAUUAGAUCUCGAGCGCUUGUUCGCUUGAUUAUCCUAAUAAACCAUUUUAAAGAUUCGACCUCUUAAAUAUUGAACAGUGGUGUCAAAGUAAGUGUGUAAAAACAACUGAAUCAAUUAUAAUAAUUUGGUUUGACGGAGUUGCAUAGGUAAACAACAAAUUGUUUUUGAUUUUUAUACAUGAUGGAUGUAAAACUGAAUAAUAGGUAACUUUACGGAAAUGUAGAAUAACUGUGAUUUCGAAGGAAAUUAAUUUCAUAUUUAUAAGUCAACUAACAAGAAUAGUUUAAAAUAUCUGUUACUAUUUCAGAUUGUUGGGGUUUAUUCACAUUUUAUCGGCAGUUUAUCUUUCAUUCGCCACGUAAAGAAGGCAUUAUAAAAGUCUACGCGAAGUCGUGGGUAAUGUAGCUAGUAAUACAAAUUUAAUCGAAUAUUAUCCAUUUAGGAACAUGUAUUGAGUUUAUAAUGUUCAUGUAAAUAUCUAAACUUUUGAGCGUUUAAAAUAAUUUUCUUCUCUUAGGUACUUUUAAAUUUUAAUUCAAUUUUAAUCACAGAAACUGAAUUUUACAUGCCUAAAAUAUUGAUUAAAAUAAUUUUUUUAAAUGUCUGUAUACCUAUACAUAUUAUAUAGUGUAUUAUAUACCUACUAUAUUCAAUAUUGUAUAAUAUAUUUAUAUAUAUAUUAUACACUAUACAGUGUACAAAGUACAGAGUAUAAUAUGUAUGUAUAUUAUACACUAUACAGAGUUUUCUCAAUUCUAUGUCACAUACAAUUUGAAAGACCAUGUAUAUAAUAUGUUUCAUGGGCAGAUCCAGGACAAGAUAACGGAGGAGAGUGAUUUUGAAAAUGCAUAUAAAGCACGCAUUUAUGAUGAGCUCAAUAAUGAAUCAAGCUAAGAAUAUAAUGCGAUUAAGAACGAUCACCCCUAUCACCCCAUCCCUGGAUCUACCAUUGAUAUGUUUUAUAGAUUAGGUGUUUAAUAAUAUUUAUGUAAGGCUGCAUAUUAAAUGUAUUAUACUACGAUCACAGAUUAAUUAAUGAACAACCACUUGAUAUUUUUUAAAAUUAUAUUUCACGACGAUACGAUAAAGUGACACGCCUUAUAGACUAUAAAAAAUAUAUAUAUAUAAUAUAUACCUAUAUAGUGUACAUAUAUUAUAGGUAUAACCAAAGUAUUUUUUAAUGAAAUUGUUUAGUUUGUAAAACUUGUGAUGAUCUCGAUAAAAAACGUAAAAGAACUCGAAAGAAUUCGUCCACGGUACUUAUAAAGUCCCUAUUAUAUAUUGAUCAGUGAUUAAUAUUCACCUUUAUAUAAAACAAAAAGAAGCGUCUGUUAAACUGAGUUAAGACUUUUUUUCUCCGUUGAAAUUUAUACUGAGGCAAUUUUUUAUGAAAAAUACUUUUACUAUUUUUAUUUAUAUAUAUUAACAAUAUUAGCUCAUAUUUAUUCUUUCCUAACUACUAAUUACUCCAUUAUCAAAUAGCAGUAAUUAUUAAGAAUUCUAAUACCCGUGAUCAUAUGUUUAAAUAAGCACAAAAUGACAUACAUUGUAUAGAAGAAAAAAACGUCGUUUUUUCAUUUUAAAAUGUAAGAGUAUUCUGUCAAAUAAUAUAUUGUAAGUAAGAGAAGUCAUGUUUAAACACUCUUCAUUGUGUAAUGUAUUACUCAUUACUCCGGUCCUUAGUUUACCAAGGGCCGAUUUUUUCAAUUAUCCUUAUAACGGUCAGUUAACUAACCAUAGGCUAAUUUAAUGUACCAAUUAAAGUUCCGAUUAAAUAAUCAGAGAUUUAUCCAGGGGCGUUUUUACGAGAGAACCCCUCCAACCGGUCCAAGAGUACUGGACCUCCCACCCCCCUCCAGAGCAAAAAAAUCAAAUCGAAUAAAUGAUUCUACAGCAUAGGUCAGUAAUAAGUAGAGACGUUUUAUACAAGUAUGUAUAUAAUAUUGUGUAUAAUAUUGAAUAGUCGUGUCGUUGUACUAUUAGGUUCCCAAGUUGCGACUAAUAUUAAAAGAGGUUUGCGUUAAAGACAUGGUAUCUUUCUGAUAAAGACAUAACGGUACGGGAAAACUGAUUAUUAACGGAUUAUAGUUUAAUUAUAAUUAGAUGACUAGACAAUUGGAAUUUAUGGACAUAUUUAAUAUUGAACCCCUUCCAACAAAUGCCCAGAUACGUAACUGUUAUAAACUUUGGACCCUUAUAAGUUAAAAACACGCCACAGGGUUUUUCAAUUUAUUUUGUUAUCCUGAUUAACUGUAACAUUAUAGCAGAUGGUUAACGAUGAAAUCAGUAAUAUAUUUUUAAAAUCGUCAUACGACAAACGUUUAAUUGUUAUUGUUAUCAGGUAUUAUUUUUCAUUAUCAGUAAAAUUAUAAUUUUCGAACAUUUUUCAUGCAUGUACAUCGUAAUUUAUUUAUUAACUCUGACUUAUAAUUAUUUAUAAUAUACUGUGACAACUUACAAAUUAUGUAAAUAUUAUUUUAAUAUUGACCCAUAGGUACCUACUAAAAAAGGCAAAAAUUGUUGAGGCAAAACCAUAUUAUUAACACAACCUUAUCCUUCAACUGUUAUGUAACAAAACUAUUUUACGACAAAAUAAAAUAAUAAUUUAAACAUAUUUUUUUUCUUCUUUUUUUGUAAUAGUCCCGAUUAAUCCAAAAGAUAUACAUCAAAAUAUAAAAUUAUUUUAUCUUAAUUAAUAUUCAAAACUUCUUAUAAAACAUUUUUAUAAUUUAUUAUACUCACUAUUAAACAAUAAUUUAAUUUAUUGGAUUCACUCAUUUAAUUUUCGAGUUUAAUUUAAAAGUAUAAUAAUGAAUUUAAUUCAAACAAAGUUAAUAAUAAGAAAACUUUUGUUGCUACAGAGUGAAAACUGAAUUUGAGAGAACUGCGCCUAUCGUUUAUUGAAUUAGUUUAACUGGAACACUUUGUGUAUAUCUCCAUACAUGUUCAACCAUAUAAUAAUAAUUUAUGGUUUGCACAAUAAUUGAACAAGAGGAAGAUUUACAGAGUAGCUGUGUUGUGCUCAUAUAAGAACGGUUUAAAAUAAAUAUUAACAUAGUUGAUAUCUCAUAAAUAUUUGAUAUUAUCUAAAUAUUCUAAAUACCAAAAUAAUAAUUUCCAAAACACAUAUCUCUGCAGGCCUCUACGGCCCUGCAGUAACCUCCCUCCUGAUCAAGGGGGUCAUUAGUCGUAGUUUAUUAUAUUACAUUAUAUAUGGUUUAUUUUCAUAUUUCAUUGAUUAAGUAAUAUAUAUUAACUAAGAAAAUUAACGUUAACAAAUAAUUAUCAUUUAAUUUUGGGUUUUUUUUUUGCCCCUCCCCCAUUGAGAAAUCUUGGUUACAAGCCUUUUAACAGUGGUAUAUUAUAUUCUAUUCAUACGUCAUAAUCCGUCACCCCUUUUUUGAAAAUAAAAAAACAAUCCAUGAUUUAACAUAAACUACCUACCUACCUUACCAACUAAUUUUAAGUAUAAAUUAUACAGUACCAUCCAAAUACUAUUUAGCAAAUUAUAAUACAAUUUAAACAAAUGCUUUUAUCUCUUAUAUCACGGUGUAUAUUAUUAUAUUAUGUUCUUUAAGUACUUAGUAUAUUUUUAUUAACUUUUAAUUAAAUAAUAAUUCGAAAAAUCUAUAAAAGCCAACAUGUAAAUAUUUCGAAUUUAAGAAGAAUCAAAAAUAUAUAAAUAAUUAAUUAAUCAAAUGAUUCCAAGUAUGACGAAUGAUAAUUUCCAUUUAAAACUUUGGAUUUUAGUUGAUGACAUCAACAAGGACUUAAUAACUCACGACUUUUAAAUCUAAUUGUGUUUUACAUCUUUAUCCUGAUGUGCCUCUAUUUUAAUGGUUUUAAAUUAUUUAUGAAUUUAACUUUUUGAUUACUUUUACAUUAAAAAUAAAUUCAAAGGAUAUUUUAGCCAAUACUUACGUCAAUCUACCCGUGUAUUAAUAUAUUACCAUAAUACUACAAUAUAAAACAAACUAUGAUAGAAAAGAAUUAACAAAAAGCUUUUAUGUCCCUGCAAGAUCUAAUAAACAUUUUGUUUCAUUAGAUCCAAAAAUACUUUCUUCGUCAUUAUUUAUUAUGAUCCCGUAAUGGAAUUCGCAUCAAACAAAAUUUAAUUGACUUAUUAUAGUUUUAUUUAUAGCGUAGGUAAUAAAAUGGAUAUAUUCUAAGUUUAGAGGCACUAUUUAAAGGGGCGAUGCUUGCAUUUGUAUAUAUAGGUAAUAUAUCUAUAGUGUUAAUUGAUACUAUUGCCGGGGCAUCCAAGAUUGAAUAUUUAUAAUAUUCAGUUUUUUAUUAUUAUUCAAAUUCUUUUUCGACCACAUUGGAUAAGCACAUGAACAUAAUUUAUUUAACAAUAAUUAGCCUGGUAGAUGAUAGGGAAUUAUCCUCAAUAAAAUAUUUGCCUCCCAUUAUAAAAAACUGAAAUAAUGCCUCUGAUUAGUUAUGGCAUAUUCUAAGUUUAUCUAAUUAUAAACUCAAUACAUAGUAUAGACUUAUGAUUGAUUUUUGAUUUUUAAACAUAUUAAAUAACAGUAAAAAAAUAUUAUGAACAUUUUAAUAAUAAUAAAUAUACACAUAAACUAUUAAGGCUGUAACUUGAAGAAGGGGUCUAGAGGUUAAAAUUGAAGUAGGCAAAAAAGUCUACGAAUUAGUCUACAAACAAAUCUAUUUACCAGAAACGUGUUUAUACCUAUAAGUAUUACGACCUUGACUAAAUAUAAUAGCAAUAUUAUAUUUGACUUCUAGUAUCAUAAUUUAGUUGCAUGCUGUAGUCAAGCACGAUAAACUUAAAUAUACAAAUUAUAUACGUUCGUACACGAUUGAAAUACUUAAAUAUUUGUUUGUACAAAUAAAUAAUUUUAAAUUUAAUGGCUCAUAAAAAAUGCAAUAUUUAUACAGUAUCAAAAACUGACACUUUUUUUUCUUUAUUGAAUACAGUAAAUUUAAAAAAAACUGACACCAUGGGUAGGCCACUGUUGUAAAUGAGAUGUUGGAAAAUCAAGAUAUAAAGGAUAAUUAAAUUUAUAUCAGUACACAACGAUAAAUCAGUGCUAACGAAAAACGAUCUUAAUGAAUUUCGGUUGAACAUAUUCUAAUGAAUUGAAAUUUAAAAUUGUAUUUUUUUGUAACUACAAGACAAAUUAUAAUUGUUCAUGUUUUUACAAAUUUUAACAUAAAUUUAAACUAUAAACAUUGUUAAAAAUAAAUUAAAACAUUUCUAUUAACAUAAAACAAAAAAAUUCUUGUAAAAUUCAAAUACUUAGUAACUCUACUUAUAAUAGCUCAAAAAACACAAGAAUGUUUUGAAUAUUGUGUUGUAUCUAACAAAUAUAUGCGAUUAUUUAUCACAGAAUUACAUAAAAAAAAAAAAAAUCGAGAUAAUAAAAACCAUAAUUGAAUACAUUUUGUCAAUUGUCUGAUGUUUUUCUGGUUUUGCCCAGUUAUUAAGAAAACUACAAGAAAAAUCAAAAUAUGAACUCCUCCAUCAACCAACUUGAUCCAAUUUUCUACCGAAAACUAUUCUUGAAGUUGACAAUCAGCGUAAAAUGUCUGGUUGAAAAGUUUUUACAUGAUAAAAAUGAAAUUGAAGCCCAUCGUCAUAUUAAAACCUGCAUUACAUUACUCGCUACAUUCAGAAUCUAAAAAGCAAAAAUUUAGAUUCAGUUUGGAUCCAUAGAGAUCUAUUAUUUAUAACUUUAUAAGUUAGGUUUCAUAAGUUUAUUAUAAUUUGUUUUUCUGGUUAUUCGGUAAAAAAUGUUUGGAAUGGUAAGUAUUCUUAAAAGUUUUUUUUAUGAAAUUCAAGUGAGUUUUACAGUUUUAAUUUUAGGUUCAGCUCAAAAUUGUUAUUCCAAUACAUUAUACAUACAAUCCAUGACCUAGAAAUCUAUAAAGGUAAAACUAUUAUUAGAUUCUUUUCAAUAAUUAAAUGUCCACUUUCGUUUAUAUAUUAAGAUUUGAUCGGAAAGUUACUAAUCGGAUGGAUAUUAAAUUCCAAAAAUCAUUACUAGCCGUAACUUUUUUAGUUGUAUUGUAUUUUUUGAACGAAUCUCUACUCAGAAUUGUACGCCGAAUGCUUAAUGAUUUAUUAUUGUUUUCAAACAUAAUAUAAUACCACAGCAAGCGUGUGCCCUACAGAUGAGCGCGUGUAGUAGUCGGGCGGUCCGUAUUUCAGCCGAAAAUAAUAAUUGAUUGGACAAGUAAUUCAGCAGAACCAUAUUUUAGCCGACGAUAUUUUUAUCAAACCAUUUUAGCCGAAAAAUAUAUCAGCCAUUAUUAAAAAACUAUGAUAAAAAAUAAUCGUAAAUAAACUUGAACAAAAUUUAAUUAUCUAUUCGAUUUUACACAUGAUUUAACUGAUACAAUUCGGUCAUAAUAUUUGUCAGGUAAGACUGUUAACUGAAAUAAAUGUCGGCUAAAUUACUGUCAACUAUACAAUUUUUGGUUAAAAUAUAGCCCCUUCCUUGCAGACACCAUUAUAGUUCUCGAUUAGUAAUUUUUUUCCUCAUACAAAAAAUUAAUUUCUUUGUCGGUUUUAACACUAAUAGCCUAGCCCGUCUUUAGGAUUUGUUAAGCAAUUUCUUUUAAGAAGGUUAGCUAAAACAUAAUAUUAAUAAUAAUAAUAGUGGAAAAUCUAAAAACAGAUAAAGAAAGAAAGGAAACGAAAUAAUAAUAUCUUUGUUGUUGUUUCCGUGGAAAUUUUCAGUCGACUCUUUUGCUUUUUAAUAUUAAUUGUAAGGAAAUUAAUAUUUUAAUUUAUUAAUUAAAACCUUGCAAUGGCCAUUGCUGUACACUGUACGUAAUACUCUUGCUGGAAAGUGGAGAUGCGCUUAAAUUACAUUUGUGUCGGUUUCGAACAAAUAACAUCUUUUAACAAAAAUAAUUUAUACAUUUUUCUAAACCCAUAAACGUUUCAUCAAAACAAUUCAUACAUUAAUAUAACUACGUAGAUCAUAGUUUAUAUACAUAUUUUGAUGUUAAAAUCUAUAUAACUUAACUAAAAACCAGGAGCAAAUCCAAGAAUUCUUCAAAAGGGAGCGUACUUUUUUGAGACAUUAAAUUUUGUCGGUCUUCCCAUUUUGUGUACAAUUUUACAUUUAAGACCAAAUUUUCAGUCGCCUGAAUUUCGAUUGAAUACAAUAUUUUUUUUAGAUUAAUUUAUAUAGUUAUAACAAUAGUAGCAAAAUUAAACCUGUAGAAAUGCAUAAUUUAUGUAACUAGUAUAUUUACGAUUUGUAUAUAGGUAUACCAGCUACCAGUUAUUAUUCUGGUUAAAUUAAUAGAUAUUUAAUUCCAUGAACAUAGGCGCAAAUAAAGUUUGAGAUUUAGGAAGGGGAGCUAUUCAAUGAAGCAAUCGUGAAAGUAAUAAACACCAAAGAAAUUUGGGGACAGAAUUUGGCCCUCCUCCUUGUCAUUAGUGGGCUGCUAUAGAGCUUGUGUCGGGCUAGUUUUGGGCGUCAAGCCCGCAAACGUGAUUCAUGUCAUUAUGUUUAAUGAUUAUAUGAUACGUUUAUACUCCAUACAUGUUAGCAAAAAUAAGAGAUAAAUUGUUGUGAAAUUCCCCUCAAACUAAGACUUCAUGUAGUAGCUAUAAUAGUAGAUAUAUUUAGGUAUCCCUCUACAUCCCUCUAUUUAUUAUUUAGUCGUUUUUGUCCCACAAAAGAAUGGAUUAUUUAUGUGCAUGAUAGUAUAAGUAUAAAACAAUAUAAGAAUGGUAUUUGUAUUGAGAUAUAAAUGUAAUUGUGACGAAUAAGUAAGCGAGCGGAGCGAUCGUUGUUUUUUAGUUUUAUUAUGGAUCUGUCAAAACAUUUACUCCUCCCUACUCUCAAAAACUAAAAUUAUGUCAUUGAUUACAAUUUAAUUUAGAUUCCACGGAUAUUCUAUUUUUGUUUAACGACGGCAUCUUUAAUUUCCAAUAAAUGCACGGCCCACUGCCUAAAAAAAAAAACCGCACAAUAACUAUUUAUCUUACUUUUUUGUAAAAAUACAUUUAAGACUUAGAAUAAAUCCGUGUAAAUUUCAAGUAAAAUAAUAUUCUUUCGACUUAUUUAGAAGUUUUUUUAUAUCUACUUUUGAUAUGGUUUUCGUAAUUGGUUUUUUAUUUUAUUAAAAUAGAAUAGAAUAUAAGAAAAAAAAAUUAUAUAAAACUAUUUAAGUUGCUAUACCUACUCGAAGUUCCUAUAAAAGUCGACAGGUAAUACGAAUUUAUUAUUUUCUAACUCACGAUUUUUUAUUCGAGCGUAUGACCCCUUCGUGUGUAUUGCAUUCCAACAUACGACGCGUUUUUAAAAUACAACAUUACCUACAAGUGUAUUUAAAUAUAUUAUAUUUUAAAACACGUCAUCAAAUUGCUACCAUAAAUUCCAUAACACCAAAAUAUAUUUCAUGCCCUAACAAUUCUAUACAUAAAAUUUUGAUUUGCAUAUUUUGAAAUUUUUGCAAUUUUAGGACAUAUUUUUGAAUUUUUAUGGCCACAAAAUAAAAUGUUCGAAUUUCCUUUCUUUAUUUUUAAUUUCUCUUUUUUCUUUUUUAGAUCACACUUUAUAAAUUGUUAAGAAUUGACUGCAUACAUAUUUUAUAGAUUUUUAGGAGAUAUAUCUGCCCUAAUUAUAAUAUAAUGCGUGAAUAUUAUGCGAAUAAUUUAGUAAAAUUUCCCUGGUACACCUAAUCUCACUAAACACUGGACUGACAUUCAUAAAUUUUACAUCAAUAAAUAUUGGCCUUUAUUCCCGGAAUGCUAUAUAUCACCAACCACUCUGCCAAAAAAAAUUAAUGCUUGAAAUAUUAUUGGUGCUAUAGAUUAGACUUAGGUUCGAUUGUUUGUUUGUUAUCUAUAGAAAUCCUAGCCCUUUGAGCAAGUGCCACUAAAAUGUAUGGACAUAGUCAUAUAUCACGGCCCUGAAAAGGUUUUCGGAACAUUCCGAUCUUCUCUUAUGACCAAGGGGAUUGGUACUUCUAUAAACGGGAAAUAUUGGAGUUUAACAUGGGAUAAUAUAAUGCAACGUGGUGAUAAUAUAACCACCUUAUAAUAGAAUUUUCAAUGAAUUAUUUAUUAUAAAUAUUCAAUGGCAAAACCACUAGGAAUUUCAAAACUGCACAUGUAGAAUUCGAAACUAUCGUAUUCUGUACGUACUGUAAAUAUAUUAUCAUAUUUUAUUAGGACAGUAUGUAUUAGGUAGGUAAAUCUUUGAAUAUAAGUUUGUUUGAUUUUUUUUUUUAAUUUUGGAGACAAUUUAAUUUAAAUAUUAUGUAAAUAGUUUUGUAGCCUUUAGGUGUAUUCAAUGAAUUCCAAAUUAAUUUAUUUUAUUUUAUUUAAUUAUUUAGUGAUCAUUAAAUUAUUUUGUACCUAUAGAAUGAAUACACUUAAACGUGGACGAUAAUGGUACGACAUUUCUCUGAAAGUCAAUAAAUUAUUCAUAUUCUUUCCGAAUCGUUUUAUACCUAGUCCCCAAAGUUAUUAUUAUACUUAUACUCAAUCGCGAUUAUUUAUUGAAAUGUGUCCAAUUAGAAAAAUUAAAAACUACAAUUUAUUUAUUAUUCAUGUGACUUAUUUGUAAUACUAUUCUAAAUCUAAUUAUGUACAAUAUUAAUGCAAAUGUUUUAUAUUUUUAAUCUUAUUUCUAUGGGACACUUGGUGGUUUACUCGUAACCCUAAAACACUAACUCCACAGUGUAGGUAUACACUCAUAUUCAUGAGUAUUGAAAGUAAAUAACUGUUGAGUAAAAUCCAAAAUAAUACAUUUUGGUACGUAAAUCCGUGAACGUAAAAAAUAAACACGUAAUAGUAAAAUCGACUAUAAAUGUUCCGCCCAAUUAAACUCCUCCAGUCUGUUAUAAAAAUUCUACGGUGGCACAAUAAGAAAAUACAAGCAUUUUAUUCCCUUGUCAUCACGAAUAAAACAAUUUCUAUCUUGACUGUUCAAUAAAAUAUUUUCGAAAUCGAAAGCUUCGGAUAAUUCGUCAAUUGUAUUUUUAAAAUGUUUGAUAAAAUAUUUGUCUUGAGUUGAAUAGACGUUUUCUUUCCUAAUUUCGUGAAUAUAGCUACUAGGAAAAAUAUGAAGCUAGUUGACAGGUUUUUGACUAAUUUCUUUUAAAAUUACUUUAGACGGCCGUCGAGUAAAUAAAUCUUUAGUGUCUUUCCGUUGACAAGCAGAUUCCAUGCAAUUUUCAGAUUCACAUUUUUCUUCUGGUACAGCUAUUUAUGGUUUCCGUGAAUAUCUGUAUGUAUAGAUAGAGUACUAGUCAUAAUUGUAAUUCGUUUUCGAUAUAUAAGCAGUUAAUGGCUUAACAUUUUUUUUUUUUUUUUUAACAACAAUAUCUAUAACUUAUUUUCUUUUUUUUAGGAAAAUACAUAGGUAUUAUAUAAUAGUAUGUAUUAAAAUAUUAUACAAUGUUAAAUUAUGUAUAACGUAAGUUUGUAUGUUAUUAAGUUUGAUAAUCCAUGAGUAUCAGGUGCCAAGCCAGAAAUUUCCAAAGGGGGAUGUUAUGAAAAGUAACCAUACCUACUUAUUAAUUGAAAAAAUACGGAUACACUUCGCACAAUGGUGGGACACUGUUAUAGGAGAGAAUUUGGGAAGAUAAGAUGUAGAGGGAAAUGUACAUCCGUACGAAACGAUUAAUCAUUGCUAACGAAAAACGAUUCUGAAUAAUAUUUACGAUUUUCGUCAAAAUUUGAUAUUAAAAUUCUUAUAAAAAAAAAUACUACAUUAAACUCAAUUUUUUUUUUUGAAUAAACAUUAAGUACAAUUUAUAAUAAACCUCCCGUCAAAUUGUCAAGCGUUAAUGUUCAGUUUAACAUUUUAUCCACAAAAUACCUACAGAAUAUAAAUUACUUAAAAACUUGCAAAAUUGAAAUGUAUAAAUAGCUCAAAAAUAACAAAUGAUUUGAACAUUUGUUCACGUCUAGAAAAGGCUACUUAAAAUUGUAUACCUGAAUUUCAAGUCUCCACCUAUAUUUUAACAAAAUUACAAUAAAAAACAAAAUAUCAUCUAAUAAACAGGACGAAAAUGAUUCGUGCAAGUGAAGACCAAUGUCGAUUUUAAUAAAAAAUUGAUCUCUCCAUUUGGUGAUUACCUAUCCGAUUAUUUGUCCACUAUAAAUAUGUUUAGUAUCACUACUGUAACAGAGUGAUGAAUAAACUAUUAUAUUGACAGUUAAUUAUUGAGUUUGCACGGGAUGUUUUGCGUUAGGCGUUAAUAUAAAUGUAGGUAUGGUAAUAAAAUAUUUGAAAUCUUUGAAAGCUAUUUUGGCAAGAUGUGUAAAAAAAUUAUAUUGUAGUUUGUAAUGAAGUGUUGACAGAUUACCUAUUACAAAAAUCUUAAAAACAUAUUAAUAAAGGCAAAACGAAUAAUAGAAUCGCAUAUGCAUAUGUUAUAUACUUUUAUCUAAUAUUAUAUAUAAAAAAAAAAAUAUAAAAUGUGCAGAUUUUUAAAAUAUUAAAUCACAAGAAUUUUAACAAAUUUGUUUGAUACUUAUACAGUUAUUUAAUAUUUAAUUAAUUAGUAACACAUUUAAUAAUUAUUAAUUAGUAAUUACGCAUAUGAUUUGACGAGACUUGAAAAUACUUAUAUAAUUAUUAUUAUCGUAUAAUAAUGAUACAUUAACAAUUUACUAUAUUAAACUGUGGAUCAAUUACGAUCAGAUUAUUUUAUUCCUUGGAGUUUCUUGUUUUCUUUAGAAAUCAAACAUUUUGAGAAAUCAGGAAGAUUAUAAUGUUUCUUUUUUGCGUAGUAAGUAGAUUGAUAAAUGAUUCUCGAAAAAAUUGUUGCGCUUUUAUUGCUUUAAAUAAACGAAUAUUUGAAAGUUAAAAUUUCCUAGUAUAAAAAACAAAUAAUUAGGUAUUUCUCAUCACUCGAAAUUAUUUGAAAAAGAGUUUAAAUAAAUAAAUUUGGAGCUCCGAAAUAACUGUAGUACAUGACUGUAGUAUCAAAUUCAUUUUCUGAUUAUUAAUUCUUAAUUUACAAAGCACUACAAUAUGUAAAUUAAAUUAUAGUAUAGUAAAAGAAUUCCCUUGUAUGAAGUAAAAACGACAAUUUAAUGAAAUUAUUAAAGCAGAACGUGAUAAAAUUGUACAAUAUGAACAGAGGAAAUUAACUACAUUUUGUAACGCCUAUAAUAUUAUGAAUAUUAUGAUAAAUUACAAAAUCGCAAUGCUUUUCAAAGCCCGUAAAUUCGUAAAAUAAUAUUUCCGCAAUUAUUCUUGAUAUAUUAUUUCAAGUAGGUACUACUUUAAUUUAUAAUAUACAAAUUAUUAAUUUAAUUGAAUAAACUAAAUUUAUAGAUUAGAGCCCAUUUAAUUUUAACUGAAAAUAUAUAUUAUAGGUAUUAUCACUCUAUUAUAUUUACUUUUACUAACGAGUGGCGGAUUGUUUUGGUUUGGCGGACACCGAACAAUUAAAUGAUAGAAUUAAAGACAUGUAUUAAAUAUUUUCUUUGUCAUAUAAAUUGUAUUGAAAAAUAAAUAAAUAAUGUUUCUGAAGAUAUCGCCUGUCGGCCAAUUGUAAUUAGAAACAUGACCUGAUGAAUGUACUCAUUAGAAGUAGGUAUAUAAUAAUUUAGUAAAAAAAUUGAUCAUUUAUUGUAAUAAAUUUAUAACAAAAUUAUCUUGAAUCUGUUUCCCCUCCUAAUUUUACAAUUAAGUAUUUUGAACUAAAUAAACUUCCUAAACUAAUUGCUCUGGAAGACAUUUCUUAUCAAUUUUAAAAAGCAUAAAAACGAUCCGAAACCUAUCAAGUGUAAUUCUUGUUUAAAUACUUUGAUAUUAAAUAUUGAUAAUCAACUAUUAAAUGAUAUUUCGUUCACUGAUAAGAUCAAAAAAUUUUCGAACUGUUGGCUAGAAAAUGUCUAUAACAUAAUCCUUCAUCUAACCAAUGACAUUGCCAACCCAUGGAUAUUAUCGUAAGGUUCAUUUUAGGAUUUACAUAAAUAACAAACAACACUUGUAUAAUUAAAAUUGCAUUCAGCGCAUAAAUCCGUUUUUAGAUUUGAACACUAGCUCAAAAAGUGUUUCCAACGAAGUUCUAAAGGCUUUUGUUAACCACGUAGAAUGAAAGAGAUUUAAAGCAAUACUAUUAAAUCCUGAUUAAAUGCCUACAAAGGAUAUGUUGUGGCCGCAGAACAUUUUGUAAGCUCCUACACAUGUUGAACAUUAGUGUAGAUAUCUACUGUACUUUUAAUACAUUCAAAUUCGAAAAUAAUAGAAAGACUAAUACUUUAGGAAAUAAAAUAAAAAAAUAUCGGCCACGACCAUUAACACGAGCAUAUCUCUCUAUUAUAUAAAAAAACGUUUUGAUAUCUAUAUGUGCCAUAUAUUAUAUUACGAGUAAAACCAAGGACAAGUCAACUAACACCUAGUUAAUAAAUAAUACAUAUAAUACAAAUAAUUAUGUAUAAAUAAUAAAAUAGACAUUUUCAUUGAUAUUUUAGACUCUGAGCCGAGUUAGGAAUGUAUUAGUUUUAGAAUGAUGUUUAUUUUUUUUUAUGUUGUGUACAAAAAUUCCACCAGAAAUCUUGGUCUGAUUUUCAAGUGUGCCACCUUUCUGAAAGGAAAUUUUAUCUGAGUAGUAUUUUAAGAAUGUAAUUUUUUUGAUUUUACAAGGAGUUUCAUAAUAAUUUAUAAAAACUGGGAAAACAUAGGAAAACAGGAAAAUUUACGAAAAUAAUGCUUUUAUAAAUUUAAAUUGUAUUUAUUGUUUUGUUGUAAUUCAAUUUCAUGUUCAUAGAGACUUGGAAUUCUGACAAUAACCUUACAUUUUCCUUUUAUAUACGUGGUAAAACACGUGAGCCAUUUUUGAGCUUUUAUAGACAUUUUAAUUUUGCGAGUUUUUUUAUGUAAUAUUUAUUUGAUAAGUACUCUGUGGAUAAAUUUGACGAUCAGGUUUUAUUAUUUUAUCCAAAGCAAAACGAUAUUUAGAGAGUUUAAAGAACUGAUUAUUAUCUUAAAAAUCGUUUAAAAAAGGCGCAAGAUAAAACAAAAUUAUCUAAGCAUUUUAAUUAUGCUCUUGUCGGUCAGAUCUUUGGUAUACAUCGGACAUUAUUUUUAAAAAAAUGAUUCAAUACCAUAUUAAAAAUUAGAAACCACAAAAAAAAUUAUAAGUUUUAAAUAAUAAAUUCGAACAUAAAACAUGCAGAUUACAAGUAUUCAAAAUGAAUCAUAUCGCAAAGUAAAUAAUAUCAAAACAAGAUCACGUUCAAAAUAGUAUCAAAAUUGUAUGUUUAAACAAAUAGUUGACCCUAAUUAGUAAUUACUAAUUAUUAAAUGUGUAACUAAUUAAUUAAAUAUUAAAUAAUUGUAUAAGUAUCAAAAAAUUUGUUAAAGCUCUUAUGAUUUAUUAUUUUAAAAAUCUGCACAUUUUACAUUUUUUUUUUUUUUAUAUAAUAUUAGAUACAAGUAUAGGUACUUGUACUUCAAUGCUUUAGGUGACAGUUUUAAUUUUAUUUCCAGUUCAAUGACUUUUAUCGCAGUAAGUCUAAUAAAUUCUUAAUACCAUUCCCAUUGUUUUUAUUUUUUUUUUUUGCUCUUUUUAAUAAAUAUAGUCGUUCAUUUAUUUAUAGUUCUGUCGUUAAAGCUGUAUUUCUUUAUCAUUGAAUUAAUCUAAAGUUGAAACAAAUAUCAAUUAGUUUUUUUUAGAACUUAAACUUCACAAUCAUAAUAUAUAAAUUCCCUCCUCUUACUCGAAAAAAAAAAUCACUUAAUAAUUACUAAACACUAAAUAAUAGCUAUCGUGUUUUACCGUGUUAUAUUAGUAAGUACCGUUUUAGUUGAAUUGUCGUUGUAAGAGAGAAGGAGGGGGAAUAAUAAAAAAAAAUGAAACGAAAAACAAAACAAAAUAUGAACCAAAACGGCCUAUUGUUUAGCUAUAGGGGUUGUAUAUAAAUAUAUAUAAAGGUGACGUUCGUGUUUAUAGUUGUGGGACAUUGCGUUACCUGUAGGGACGGGUUGUGUGGGAAGGGUCUAAGGGAAAGAGUGAGAUUGGAAAAAAAAACAAGAGCCUCGAGUAGAUGUGAAGUCAUUAAAAACAACGGCUAUUAUGAAUUUCGCCGGUCGCGUGCCAGUAAGUAUAUGUAUGUAGUGUAGCGUACACCCUAUUGCUUGUAUAUAAUAUACAUACGUAAGUACAGCAAACGGUUUUAGGCUAGAAACGAGAAUUCGAGGGAGACUUCCCUUCCAAACAAUAAACGAAAAAAUAGGUACAAUAAUAAUAGCCAAUAUGAGAAAAUCCCUUCCAUUGUACGACGUGGGGUAAUAUUAUUUUAGCGAAUCUGAGUAAUUUAUUGAAGGCAUUUCUCCCUGUGUAUUAAGUCAAACCGACACCUAAACCUUACAUCUACAUCUAAAUACUUACCAACUAAACCCGGUGAUCUCAUGCAAUCAAUGUUAAAUCGUCAGCGUGCGUCAAUCAAAAUAUCAAAAAAUCUGAAGAAUACUCGAAGAAUUUAUGGUCUGUUUUUUUUUUAAUGGAUUAGUCAUAAAAUAUCUGCAGGAAAGUAAUUACUAAAAUUGAAAGCUAAUGGACCAAACAUUAGUUAUGAGUCAUAAGUUUUUUUUGUCCUUUGAAAACUUUAAUUAUACGAAUUAGGUAGGUAGGUACCUAAAUAAUAUAUUUUAUGCUAAUAUCGUGGCCUUUAUUAUUAUUACAAUAACUUGUGUCCAUUUUUUUAAUUUUUAAUUUUUUUUAUUAAAAUUUAAAAUGUUUAAACAAAUAAUUUACAUAUUAUACGCAUUAUACAUAUUAUAAAAUAUAUUAUAUUUUAAAAAGAUGAGAAUAAUAUGUUUUGUCAAAGAUCUAUCUUGACUAGAAUCAGUUAUCUUUUUUGAAUAUAUCUACCUACUUUUUCGAUCUUAUAUCAAAAAUAAUUCAUUUUAACAAAUAAAUAUAUACAUUAUACAUUUACAAUGUAUAUUUAUAUGUGUAUAAUUUUAUUUUGUUAGUUUGAUAGUUGUUCUUUUUAUUUUUCGUGUAGUCUCCUUAACAAUCGUACGAAGUAUGUCCAUUGUCCGUCUGUUUUUUUAGAAUAAAUUAUACUGUUUAUUAACACUUAGAAGAUUCAUUUGACAAUCGUAUUAACCAUUUUUAUAAAUAAUAUACACUCAAUAAAUAUAAUUGAUUGAACUUGAGCGUAACAUAAUUUAUUAUCCAUCAAAUAAUGAUGGGUUAAAUUUAAUAACACAUACACGAACGUACCUAAUCAUUUUGACUGAUUAUUAGCGAUAAACGUGUUGUCACAAAUAAAACGAUUCAAUUAUUUGGUAACGCGUGGAUUUUAAUAAAAGGUGAAUACAAUUUGUUUUGGGUGUUCUUCGAAUGAUUCAAAUGAUUCAAAACGUCAGUUAAUAUAUUAUUAAACAGAUUUAAAUUAAGUAAACUUAGUGUGCAAAUGGCACGCUAAGUGGUAACUUUUGGUGUAUCUUAAAAUCAUACAUCUUCAAUAAUUACUUGGCUCAUUUAUAUUAGUAUUUAAUAAAACUAAGGUAAAAUAUUUUUAAAAAUUGAAUUUCAAUGUAUUUUUUAUUUUUUUUUUUUUUUUUUUGGUUGAAAUACUAGAACGUAAAUUCCUAGCGUAACAAGAAAUAAUUGACAAAAAUCGUAAAAAUUAUGGUUUAUCCUUGCGUAUAGAUAUAAAUUAAAUAUUUUGUGUAUUAUACCUUCCCAACUUCCCAUCUACAACAGUAGCUCGACCCAUACCCAUUAUCAGCUCUUUUUUUGAUUUUAUGUGAACCGAAUUAUUUUGUCUUUAAAGUUCAAAUUUUAAUUAAAAUCAUAAAAACACGUCAUUUUGCGUACUGUUUACUAGUUGUUGCUGUUCAAAAAUAAUGACCCGGUGCCAGAGUGUUUUUCGAUUCAAAAUUCUAAUACCUCGCACAGUGGUUCGAUUUGGAUAAAAAAAAUUAAUUUUUGUUGAAAAAAAAGAUAUUCAAAAGUUCGAAUUGAACUCUGUUUUUAAAUAUUUUCAUCUAAAACUUUAUAAUACUUGUUUCAAAAAGUUUAACUUGUAACCUUUUUUAAACAAUUAUUUGAAAUCAAAAUGAAAAAUUGUAGUUAAAUGUAGUCUGUAGAAUAUUGUUGUUUAUCAAUUAAAAAAAAAAAAAGUAAAAUGAUUUAUUCAUUUAAAUUAAAUUAUAUAAACUGUAUAUAAUAUUCAACAUUCCUAUCACAUUUUUACCACAAAAAUGCUUCAAAUUUUACAGGAGGUUAAUUGUAAGUUGCACUUGGUAAUAAAAAAAAAGGUUAAAUAUUUUUUUUUUUAUAAGAGUUUUAAUAUCAAACUUUUACGAAAAUCGUAAAUAUUACGGCCUUUCAGAACAUAUAUAUAUUCUAUAACCAAACUUUGUUCCGAAUCGUUUUUUGUUCGCAAUGGUUUAUCUUCGGUUACAGGUAUAAAUUAAAUAACUUUAUGUAUUCUAACUUCCCAACUUCCCACCUAUAACAGUGGUACACCUGUCCACUGAUACUGGAUCAGCUAUUUUUGAUCGUUUUUUUAUAAAUUAUUGAUUUUUAUUAUUUUGUUUAGAAUCAUGGUAGCUGACCACAAAUAAAUGGGAAAAGAGGCGAGGAAGAAGAAGAAAAUUAUUUUGUUUACAGACCAUAAGAUGGAAAGAUUAAAAUGUCCAUAAAUCGUUUAAGGCCUAAAAUGAAGAUGGCUAAAAGUAUACUAAUUGUAAAAAUUACAUCCAUUAUGGCAAUAUUCAUGUUUCUGAUUAUCGAAUCUAGUAAGUAUAAUAAUAAAAGUUCCUUUAUAAAUUUAACCUUAUAAGGUGGUUACUACUGGUUAGGACGAGGACUAGGACUAGGACUUAGGAUUGGGAUCAAAGCAAUACUAGUACUACUAGUUGGGUAUUUUGCAUUCAAUUAUAUAAUAAGCCGAAUAAAAAUGAAUACCUUGAAUAAACAAAAAUAAUAAUCAUAUGAAUAAUUAAUUCAUGUGGUCUAUUUGUGAUAAUACAUAUGCAAAUAUAGUAAAAUGGGAAAUUAACAACAAAUUGUAUUUUAUCAGUUGUAAAGAAGAACAAAAUAAAAUUCGUAUACAGUACCCAUACCAAAACUCAAAUUUGAACAGUCAACAGUUAUAAAGUUUUAUUUUUGAAACGUUGUUUACGAAUUUUGUAUUUAAAAACCUGUUAACCUAUGUUUUGAGGAGGCGGCGGCGGUGAGACGAUAGCGGUGAUGGAAUAGUAGAGUGGUGCCGUAACGGAAAAUUAGUAAGAAGUGAUACGUAGAAAUAGUAAGUAGUAGGUGAUGGUAGCUCGAUGGUGGAGGGAAUGGAGAUAGCGUAGGGUAGUGAUAGCGGUAGGGUGGUACUAUAACGAAAAAAUCAGUGAUGGAAAAUAAGUUAGCGACAAAUUUGCCAUUAGUCAUGUUUUAAUCAGGGGAAGAUUUCUGGUAGGAAAAUUUUUAAAAAGACAAAAAAAAAAUGCGUGCAUUGUUAGAUAAAACUAAUACAUUCCUCUAACAUAUUUUUAACAUUUAGAAUCUAAUAUUAAUAUUAAUAUUGAGUAUACACUUCUUUUACAAAAUCAACUAUUUAAAAUUAUUAGAUAUUGGUGAAGCAGUUAAAAUGAUUGGUAUCAAGGUACCCGCGUUCAUAUAUAUUGGAGAUUCGGUACAGCUAUUUUGUGAUUAUGACAUGCAGAUGGAUACACUUUAUUCAGUUACCUGGUAUAAAGACAACGAAGAGUUCUACAGGUACGUUCCAUCAUCAUCUCCACUAGACAAACACAGCUUCAAUAUGGACGGGAUAACGGUUGAUGUAAGUAUAUGCUUUGCACAAGAUAGAAAAAAUUGUUUAAACUUUAAAUAUCCUUAACUUGAUCCUUACAUAUAUGAGAUAGAACUCAUUAUAAUAUAUUUAAUAUAAUAAUAUCAGUUAUAAUAUUAAAAUUAUAAAGAUUAUUAAAAAUAAACUAACUUCAAUGCCUUAAAUAUCAAAAUUACCAUAUCAAAACCUUGUGAAUAAUGGUCAAAAUUAAAAUUAAAAACAUAAAUGUAUUAAAUCUUCUAUUAAAUUUAAAUAUAUUUGACAUGAGUUGACAUUUUUAGUAGUACUUAUAGCAGAUUUCGAUAAACAGAAUAUUUGGCAAAAUUAAUUUUAACUAACUAAAUUUGCUAAAAUAUGCUGAAAUAGAUUAAUUCACCGAUUUAACCAUUUUAAAAUAAUGGAGUUAUAAAAUAAAUAACACAUCCAACACAAAUAUUUUCUAAACCAUAAAUAACAACAUACUUUUUUUGUACUAAGAACGUGUUUUACCGUGAAUUUUAUUUAAAUUUCAUCAAAUCUAGGAAUUUAAAUGUUUGAAAAAACAUCUUAUUGGAAACUCUUAAACAUUUCCAAUUUUAUAAGAGAGGUCAUAUGAAAACUUUUAAAUAGAAGUUAUGUAAUUAUUUACCCAAACCAUGUUCACAGACAAAAAAAAAGAGAGGGAUCAGCAUACUUUAAGGGACAACCUUUUUUUUUUUUUUACUUCUAUUUAUACAAAUUAAUUUUUUUUCUCGGUUAACGAUGUUGAAAUUAGUAUUUUUGCGGUCCACCACAGUUUUUAAGUUAAAACAAAUAACUACCGUGAAAUGUAAUAUUUUUAAUACACAAAUUUAACUAAUUCAAAAUAAAUAACAGAUAUAAAUAUCUUAUUUAAAGAUAAUCAAAAGCUAAAUCUUAAUUUAUUUAUCAAUUAGUAAUUACUAUACAUAUUACAUAAUUUUUUAGUUAGGCAUAGUAUGAAAUAAAUACAAUUAUUAUUAAGAUAUUAAAUAGCAGGGAAAUAACAAUCGUGGGCUUUCUGUUGCUCUUUGGAUUUAAUAAAAUAUAUAGAAUUCUAGAAAAUACGAGUAUUUUACUUUAAUGCUUUUCGGUUUGCCUUACUAUCCCGGUCUAGUUUUUAACAGCAAACCGAAAGCUAUUUUUUAUUUAAGUUCUGACAUGAACACGUGAAACGAACAAAUGAAGGUUACUGAGGUAGGCCUAGAGAAAACGCAGUCUACUCCUUCAGCUUUUAUUCGAUGUUAAAUAUUGUGUACUAUUACAUUUUCAACGAAAGGUCCAUAGGAUAUCGGACAUAGAAAAUGGAAACUACCAAUCACGACUUAUAUGAAACAGUUAAACGCAAAAUGCAAGUGCACGUAAAAUAAUACGUAUUAUGUUCAAACAUUAGGCAUGAAAGUAAAUAUGAACCUAAUCGCCACCUCCUUUAGCUCAACAAAACACGUUUAAAACAAAAAAUUAUAUGGCUGAAAAAGAAAAAUGGCAAUUCAAUUAGGUAUUCUGGCUAUAACUCAAUAACUAUUGACGAUCCCAAAAUAUAUUAUUCAAAGCCGUUUUAGGAUAAAAAUAAGAGCACCUAAGAAAAAAAAUGUGUACGGCCCACAAAGUCACGUCUGUUCGACUGCAUUUGAGUUUCGUCCCAAGUAUAAAAAUUUAAUGUAAAGGUAUACCGAUUCCGUCCCGGAUUUUUAAAUGAUAUAUUAUUUCCGUCCCGUUUAUAUUUUGCAUUAUUUAUAAAAUAAAUAUUUCUUAAGUUUAAUCUUUAACCAAUCAGUUAAACCUAAAACCUCGGUUUAUAUAAAAUUUACGACUACGAUAACAAUAUCAAUAAAAAUAUAGAUAUUAUUUAGAAAUGAAGAUAAUAUUGAUUUCAUAAACUCUUCAGUCGGUAUUUAUGAGUGUCGGCCGUGCUGGUAAAAUAAUAGUCUACAAUAUAAAUAGUGAAAAAGGUAACAUUUGAAUAUUGAUCAAAACGAUUAUACAUUUUGUUUUCACAAAGAAUUAAAAAAACAAUAUUUAACGCUGAAAAUGCAUUCAAAAAUUAUGUAUAAAAAUUGGUAAGUGUUUAAAUUGUAUAUAAUAUACUCGUAUUAAAGUUUUAACACGUUAACCACUAAAAGGAUUUUCACUGUUACCUAUAUUAUUCCCUUAUAACACAAAUAAUGUUUUUAUGAGUAUUAUUAUUAUUAUACUAGCUUAAAUUAUUAAAGCGUAUUAAUAUCGUAAUAUUGUAGUAAACCUUUUUUUAACUGGAACGGAAUUUGUAUAAAAAAAAGUUAUUGGCAUGGAACUCAGAUGCAGCCGUCUGUUCCGACGUGCGUACAAAACCAAUAGGCACCUCGAUCCACUAUGUGAAUUUAAAAAAGUGAUAAUUAUUCAAAUUCUCAUUGAUAACUUGUAGUAAUCACGUGAAAAUGAAUUUUUAGUCAUAGCAUUUGAAUAACAUCAGUUAUUUUACUAUCCAUGCUUAAAGUUCAAAUAAUACGAAAACAAUCUAAUUAAAAUAUAGUUUUUGCAUAGAGACCAAAAUAUACAACACUUUUAAAAAAUAGGUAAUACAAAAUUAUCUAAUGCUUGCAUAUUUAAAUUAUAUUAGCCAAUAUUAAAUAAUGCGCAAGAAACAUCAAAAAUGGAAAUUGACUCUAAAAUAAGAUAACAUAGUUACAACAAUAGUGUUAAAGUUUGUAGUUAAUAGUAUCUAUAGUUAGUACACUUUAAAGUUUAUAAUAUCUAUUCGAUUUAUAUUUUUCAGGUAUGGGGAUGUAUUACUAAGAACAUAAUCAUGAUAAAUUUCGAAAAAAAAAAAACUAAAACUUAAAAUUAAUAUAAUACUAAAACCUAAAAUUUCCUAUUUUUUCCGCGUGUAUAUUAUUUUUAUAAUCCAAAAUACUAAACGAAAAUAUAAACAACAAUCUAAAAGGAAACCCAUAGUUAAAUAUCAUAACACGGGUUGUACAAUAUAACAAUUAAGAUUGUAAUAGACAUUCCUAUAGAAUUAGGUACAACUAUAUUUUAAUGUUAAAUUAACUCGACUACAGUUGUUGUGAGAAUCAAGCAGUUGAUAUAACCUGAGGUACUUAAUAUUCUUGUGUAUAUAUAGCCACUAUAAUAUAUAAUAUAAUAUAGAGUAUACUUGUAUAUUAUACGAGUAUACAAUAUCAUUAGUAUUUACAUUGUUUCACAUAAGUUUAACGUAAUAUUAGUAAUAAUAUGAAAAGGUAUGAUAAUAUAAGUAAUAAUAAUUCGAGAUGCCUGCAUCCUACAUAUGCAGACCAAAAUCGUUGUGUUAUUAAACAGAAUAAAUUACAUAAACUUUCGUACCUAGCGCAAUAUUAUAAUAAUUAAAAACUAUAUUUUAUAAAGUAUAAAAUAAUUUUGGUUUACUAAAUUAGACCAAAUGAUUCGAGGGAAAGUUUUAAAGCGAUGUAGGGAUAAAUAAAAUGUGUGUAGCCCACGUUGUUAAAGGAUAUUACCAGAAGAGACCAUUUUAAUCGAGUUUUAUUGUAAAUCAUAUACCUAUAUAAUAUGUAAACAAAGUAAACAAAUAAAUUGUAUAAAUAAAUUUGAAUUAUAAUUUCAUAAGAAGCGAGUAUUGUACUAUAUUACAAAAAUCCUUUAUUUUUCACUCAUUAAAUAGAAGCCAGGCCCCAAUUAGUAUAUUUGUAUGUUAUCAAUUUAGGAAUGUUGUCAACCACUUAAGUAUACUUAGGUUAUUAUAAUGAAUUUGUAAUACAUUAUUGACUAUCUUAAUUCCCAGUUAGUAAAUAAUUUCGAAACCAAAUUCGGCCUUUAGUUUAUUUAAAAAAAAAUAAAAUUGUAAAUAUUGAAAAUAUUUACAGUUAAGGUUAAGGACUUGUAGCUCUAAAGAGUUACCAAAUAUAAACUUAAAUACUUAAAAUAUACUUUUCAUGCAAAAUAAAAUAAUCCAAAAUAUGCAUGAAAAAUAUAAAAUUAGAAAUUUAAAGCAAGAUUUUUUUAUAAAAUAUAUUUUACUUGGGUACUUGUAAGAUACUUCUUCCAAUUUUAAAAUAUAACAAAAGUAAUAUUUCAGUUUUUUAAAAUAUCUAAGAUUAGACCUCAAAUUACGACACAUAAUUUCUUAAUUACGAAAAUAAUGAUGAUUUAACCUCAGACAUUUUAUACAUAAAAAUAAAUAACCUUCAAAAUAAAAUAAAUCGCUAAGUGAACAUGUAUUCAACCGUUUAAAAACAGAACACUGGAAUGUGAAUAAAUCGACAGAUUUAUCACGGGUUAAGGGUCACAGGAAAAAUCUGCCUCCGCAAACAAUUAAUAACCUUAUUAUAUGAUAAAAAUUCAAGAUAAAUUUAAAUCUAACAUUAAAUGUUGGUUGUAUUAUUGAAUAAGAUAAAAACAUAAUUAUGAAAAUUAUUGAUAAAAUUAUUAAUCAAAUAAAAUAUGUCUCAAAAAUUAUAGAACAAAAUAAAUAUGCACAAAAAUAAAAAGACAAAAUAUGCAUUUAAAAAAAUAAAUUACAAAUCUAACUUUGCCAUGCUAAUAAAACGUAUUCGUUUCUUACUCUGUUAUUUUUUUAAUAGUAUAAAACAAAUAUGCAAAUGCUACAAGUCUUCUGCCUUAUUUAUAAGCUUUUUCUUCUAAUAUAAAACAUAGUAUUAUACAGGUAGUAUAAUAUUAUUUUUUUUUUAAAUACACUUAACUGGGCUCAGUUUGUAUUUAAAUUUCGUUCAAUAAUAUUAACGGUAACCAAACAAAAAAAUACAAAUUAAUAUAACUUUAGUUAGUUGUAUACCUGUCUACCAAUAUUAAACACAUCUAUUGGUUUAUCACAGUUAUAUAUCCUAUGUGCUUCAAAUGACAAUUUCAGGACGGACUCAUACGAGGGAAUUAUUUUAAUGGACAUAUUAUAUGCUGCGUGUGAUGUGUGUCUCGUAGUUGUCGAUAUACUUUGAUAAACGCCGAGCACAUACGGUCCCUCAGCCAGAGCCCAGAGAUAUCGAUUUGUCUAUUAUAAUUUAGUUGUCAAGGCUUGUCUAAUUAGUCACUAAACAGCCAUAGGGGCCAACAUGAUAAUAUUAAAAUGACAGAGGCUGCCGAAGUGAUUACUGUACCCUAAUACCGUAACGUCUGCUGGUGACAUCGUAAUGUAAUUCAACUCAUACCUACCCGUACUGGGUUGUUACAAAAUUAAUGAUAAAACUGUUUUGCAAAACGCCUAUUAAUUUAAAACAAAAAAAAAAACGUUAUUAUAAACAUAUGUGUAAUAUUAUUUUUAAUCGAAUACCGUGAUGAAAUGAAUAUAGCUAGCUCAAAUCGCAAACAUUUUUAUUCGAAAUAAUGAUUAAAAUACUUUCAAAACGUUUUGAGUGUACAAGUUACACAGUUGGUACGAUUGAAAUUUGAUUACUAUACAUAAUCAUAUCACAAUAUUAUCAAACAAAAAGGCACAGAAUUCAACAAUACACCAACACUUAACCGUUCAAAUAAUGAAAAAAAUUCAUUCGGCUAAACUCACUAAACAUAAAUUUCAUAACCAAAAAGAGGAAAAAUCUCGAAAACGUAUCAAAUAAAAUUAUUUUGAUAUUAGUUCAUAUUCGAAUUACUGUAAAACGUUCAACUUUUAUUUAAGUACAAAUUGAUAGUGGUUUACAACAUAUUAAUAUAAAGCUAUUUUGGACUAAAUAGCCUUGGCAAAUAAAAAUAUAUAUAAUUUUCAAGAAAUAACAAUAAAAUAAUAUAACUAAAAAAUAACUGAUUCUGGGAACGGCUGUCUCCUUGCAGGUGUGAAAUUGGGAAGGUAGGAUACAUAAAGUUAUUUAAUUUCUAUCUGUAAGCAACGAUAAACUAUUCAGGGCCGGAUUAAGGUUUUUGCCACCCAUAAGCUGAAAAAAAUGUACCAUCUAAUUUGCAUAUUGAUAUUUUACUUCUAAAAGAUCCAUGAGGCGUUCAUAUUAAAAAAAAUGAUCAUUAAUAAAAUAAAAACAUAAAAUCAAUACUUUAUUUAUAUAUUUAAUAAAUGAAUAUUACUUAAGCAUUUUAAAAAAAAAAGAAAAAAUACAUACAAAUACAAUUAUUCAUAUUCUUCACUCUUCAAACAAUUCUGUAGUAAUAACUGAUCAAAAAAAACUAUCAGUUUGGAGUUUGAAAAGUCUACAUUCAUAUUUUGAUCAACACCGUGCAAUGCCACAAAGUGAAUAAAGUCUGCUGUUCGUAUCCAUUGAGAAGGAUCUUUACUAAAAACACUUGUUUUAAUUUUAUUUUGUAACUAUCUCUAUGCUGUCAUUCGAAUAAGUAUUUUUUUUUUUUUCAUUUACAUUCUGUACUGCUUCAAUAUCUCCAGAAUCUAUGACACUAGAAAAUAUUUUUGGACUUCCUGAUGUAAUUACUUCCUUACUAAAUAGUAUAUUAAUUAUCGGGACAUUUUUUAAAGCCAAUCUUUGUUUUUCUGAUUUUUCCUUGGCCAAUUUUCUGUAUUUGUCUCCACUUAACUCAGAACGUUUCAUUUUUAUAGUUAGGUUGAUCUAUAAUAGUAUUUCAUUCGAUAUUAAAAUAGGAAGAUUAAUAAAUAAUAAUAGAAUAAUAAUGAUAGUAUUAUGAUAUGUGUCAAUAAAAAUCAUUUUUACAUUUUUUCAUAUUGUGCAUUACCUACUAUAAUAAUAUAAUCGGCCGAUACAGGUUUUAAUCAUAGAUAAUAAAUGGUUUUAAUGCUUCCUUUCAUCACGAUUUACUACUUAUAUGAUAAAAUAAUAUUAAUAAUCAAAUAAAUAAUAAUGUAUAUAUUCAAUUUCGGUUGCGGUUUAUUUUGAACGCUUAAUAGGUGCCGAUAUUAUUUGACGUCGUACUGUGUUCAAAUAGCGUGGUUUUAUAUUUUAAAUUUAAAAAUAAUAUCUCAACGUAAUUUUUGCGUCACACCAUAAUAAAAUUAGCCGCCCUUUAAUAUUUGCCACCCUAGACUAUAGCCUAAACAGCCUAAGCGGUAAUACAGCCUUAAAAACCAUAGCUAACGAAAAACAAUUCGGAACAAAGUUCACUUAUAAAUAUACGCAUGUUUCGAAAGGCCAUAUUAUUUACGAUUUUCGUCAAGCUAUAAUAUUAAAAUUUGUAUUUUUUUUUUUUUUUACUACAAUAUACGACUUAUAAUGAAUUUCCUGUUGAAUUUUCAAGCAUUUCUGUUUAAUCUUAAAAUUUUAUCCACAGAGUACCUAAACCUACUAAAAAAAAUUCGCUAAGUCAAAAUGUCUUUAAAUAGCUCAAAAAUGGCUCAAAUGUAUUGAAAAUUAUACAAUAUUUAAAAAAUCAAAUAUGAGUUUUCUUUCCAAAUUUCAAAUCUACUAUUAUUUUAUAUUGAAUUGCAACAAUAAACAAAAUUGAAAAUAAUUAAACCAAUAUUUUCGUAAAUUUUUACGUUUUGCUCAUUAUUGCUUUUAUUAAAAAAAACUACUGGGAAAAUCAAAAAUCAACUUUUUUUUAUGAACAUCUGGGUCCAAAAUUUAACAAAAGAGUCACUUGGAAUUUUUUGAUAAAAGAAAUAUUUCUAGUAUAAAACAUUGUUUGCAAAUAUGAAAUGCAAUAAAAUCGGUAACGUCACGAAGUUCCGUAAAUAUUUGCCGUUUUCCAAUAACUUUUAUUUCCGGUUGCUUCCAAUUAUUACGAAACCCCUUUUGGAAAUCUGAAAAUGACCUCCUCAAUGCACCAAUUGGACAAAAUUUUCUGAUGAAAAGGUCCUAGAAAAGGUACUUUAUUUGGUACAUCGGGGAAUGAUUUCUGGUUGAAAAGUUGCUCACAGACAAACAAACAAAAUACAAAAUAUAAAAAUACACGCAUCAUAGUAAAAUUAAUAGAUCCCUCACUACGCUCCGAACGUAAAAAUAUAGUCUAGUGGUAGCUAUUUUUCGUUCAUAUUAUUGAAUUACGAGUAUCCCCAUAGAAUGUAAUUCAUUAAUUCGUAAUUCAUUACUCAUGAAUUCAUUCAAAGCUUUUUAAUCAUGCCCAAGUAAUAACAUAAUUAAAAUCUCUCGCGAAAUCAUAUUAUGUCUCAAGCUUUUGUAAAUUUAUAAUCUAGGUAAAAAUUUCCAACAGAAAACAACUACUUACACUUGUAUUGUACGACAAAUCACGGGUAGAUACUUUGUGAUUCCAUUCCUUUGAAAAUUAUAUUAAUUUACAGUUAGAUAUACUUACUUAAAGUUUAGCUACAGUUAGUUAUAGUUUAAAACAUAAUAUGAUAUUUUGAAGAUUUCUGUAGGGAUUUCACUCUUUUUAUUAAACUGUGGAGUACCUAUACGACAUUUUUCGAACAAUAAUAAUGUAUAAAUAGAUAGUCGUAUGCUCUAAUCUAUGUAAUAGAACUUGUAUGGGUGUCAUUAUACUAAAUGAAAAUGUACUAUUAAAUGGCAUACACAUUUGGAGUAUUAUUGGCUGUUAUUUUAAAAUAUUAAAUUCACAUGGUAUAUCUUGUAGAAGUCCAUUUUCCCAAAACUCACCACAAAUUUUUUUAAACUUAAAUAAUCCACGCGAUUAUGUAUUUUCUAUAAUAUCUAAAAUUUAUACCGGUGUUUCUCAAACUAUCUCAACUCGCAGCACCCCGUUUGAACUAAGGUUUUUUCAGGGCACCCUUGCAAAUCAAAAAUCUAAGUAGAGCAGUAUUAAUUAUAAUAGUAUUAGUUUUCCUGUAUAGUAUAUAAAACCUAUGUCGGCAAUUGUUGUCAGUUAUUUUUAAUUUUAUAUCGAAACUAUUGGAAAUAUAGAAAUUUUUUUUUAACUUAAGUACCAUUCAGAAAAAUAUCCGUAUCUUUUAAGGUGUAUUUAAUAUACUAUAUUAUUUGGAGCAUUCUUACUAACCAAACAAGUGUUUUCUGAGAAAAAAAAAAUCAAAAAAAAAGACCACGACGCCGCGCCCGUGCAACUUUCAUUGUCAUUGAGGUUUCGAGUUUAUUUUUAGACCAGAUACAAUUCAACAAUGUGGCGCAAUGCACACUUUUAGAACCACUAAUUUUUACCAGUUUUCUUAACAGCACAAAAAAGUUCCAAGUAAUUGGAUUCUAGUAAGUGGUUUCGGUACUCGGUAAUACAGCAUUUCAGUACCACUUUGAGCUUUCUAAAGAGUAGGCAAAAACUCUAAAAUUUAACUAUUGAUAACACUAUUCAUCUAUAUGAAUAAAUUGUUUAAUAUCGAUAGAUGCCUUUCAUCUAUACUAUAAAGCUUUACUGAAUAAUGAAUAACACAAUGGAUAACAUUUAGAUUCUCAACAAUUACUGAAACAAAUUUAAUUAUUAAUUUUUUAUUCACAGAAGUUGCAUUCAGACAACAAAAGAGUAACAUUGAUUUCCGCUAAUUUGCUGAUGAACGGUGAAUACAAGUGUGAAGUAUCUGCCGAAGCACCAUUUUUUUCGAGCGUGCACGCUGAAUCCAAAAUGGCUAUCAUAAGUAAGCUUACUAUAACCUUUAUUUUUAUAAUUAUGUUUAAACAUAGUAUUUAUACUGUUAAACGAAUAGGUGUGGAUUAGUAUCAAAACUAAGUUAUAACUUUUAAAUUUGUUUAUCAUUCACUUGUGUCUGUUUAAUGUAAUUUAAUUGAAGAUUAUUGAUUAAAUGCAUUAUGUAACGUAUGUGUGCCGAGUACACACUAAUGAGUACACUUAAAAAAUGAAGUACAACAGUAUUAGUUUAUUACUUAAUAAUAAUAGACUGCCCAAUAUGAAAAUCGGAUUUUAUUUUUUUUCUUUACUGGCAUUAUUUUAAUAGAUUACUAAUCAUAAUAUGCAUUAAAAUCACAAUUAACUACACAAUCGGAAAUAGAUUAAUGUCCAAAACAAAUGGACAAAUAAUAACAAAAAAUAGAUAUCCAACAAAACAAUUUGUUUGUGGACUGAUUAUAAUUCUCUAGGAUAAAAUAUAUAUUUAUCACUUCGAUUCAACACGUAUUAUUCGUGGUAUACUUCCAUAAAUUCAAAUCGACUAUUUUUACUUCAUGUUCUAAAUAUAGUUUGUGCCUGCAUACAUUUCUACUUAACGUCUAUUGAAACUGUCCACUGUAAUGUAGUCUGUUAUCUAAAUUUACUAUUAUAAUUAAAUCAAUGCUGACUGAAUUAACAUAUUUUCUACAUUAUUUGUAAAUACGUCACUAGUAGUAUUCUCGAUUAUGUAGUUACUAGUUUUCAUAUUGUGGAGCACCUGCAGUCGCAAAUAUAUUUGUAUUAGAAUUUUGAAUUUUUAGUAUUUUAUAAUCCCUAAAAUCACUAAAAUUAUGCAUUUUUUUUUAUUUAAACUAAUAAACGCCUAUUUAUAGUUUUUAUUUACAUAACUAUAUUUAAAUGUAGGUGUAUUAUAAAUUUGGUUUGUGUUUCUCCAAUGGUUUGGUGUGAAACCCCUGAAAUCCUACCCUAAUUCUUCCUCCUUAUGUAUACAUCUGCCUUUCAUACAUCACCAUCUAAAUAAACCUUAGUUUUAAACAAACAAUGCGUAUAGAUUAUCAAAUUAAAAUAUUUGCUAAAAUAAUAUAUAUAAAGGUAUCAUUAAUUUUAUAGAAUUUUGUUAUCUCCCCAUUUCGGGUAUUCGUGGUUUAAUACAAUUUCGUAUCUGUACCUAUCUGCACGAUCGUUAGUUUUAUACUAAAUAUUUACAGUUUAUUAUUAUACUAUAAUACCCAAUAAAUAGUGUAAUUAUAUUUUAAAGUUUUUUCGACUAAUAAUUAUAAUCUUUAUUACGUAUAAUUCACUAAGGGUAAUUUAUUUUAUAAAACCAUAAAAAAAUGAAGUAAUUAUUUACUAUCAUACAUAUAUAUAUAUAUAUGUAUAGAAAGGUAAGCAAAAAGUUUAUACUUAAACAUUUUGAUUGAGAUAAGUCAUUAUUAGUUUUACGUGAUCCGUUAAAGAAAUAUUUUGUGUUUAUCUUAUCUAUAUUGUCAAACUUGGAACCUUUAAAAAGUUAUUUAAACAAAACACUUUACCUAAUAAUAGCUAGUUCGUCUGUGUUAUUAACAUUUUCAAAGAAUACAAUUUAAACGUAUUAAUUUAUUUGAAAUACAAUAAUUAUAAAUGUUUUAAAUCAGAUAAAUAGUAUUUAUUAUUAUUUUGAAAUACAUAAAACAAACGUAAACAUUGGUUUUUACAAUAAUAAUGAUAACAGUUGUUAAGUUUAUUAUUAAUCUAUAAUUUUAAAUAUCUAAAUUAAAAGUAUUAAUUUUUAAUGUUUUUUAUAAAAAUAAUUUUUAACAUUUUAUCUAAACAAUAAUCAUUAUUUUUCAAAAUAUACGAGUAUACAUGUAUUACGUACUAGGAUGGUCUAAACGCAUAUUAGAUUAUUACAUAUUAAUACUUUCGAAUUGUUUUUAUAUAUUUUAUAUGUUUACGUAAAGUUAUUUCACAUGUAUAAUAAUAAACAAAUAAAAUAUUACUCUGAAAUUAAUGUAAUGUCCACGUCCAAUGUAGUUUUAAUUUAAACCAAAAUUGUAAUACAAACUUGCAAUUUUAUUUAGCUAAAUUACUUACAUAAAUAUGAUUAUAAAAAUGCCAAAUAAAAUCCAUGCUAUGAGUAUGCCGAUUUUAUACAUGGAUAAAAAGAAAAUUAGGAUAAUAUAUAGGGCAAUAUUUAAUUUAUAUACUGUAUGCAACAAUAAAUCAUUAUGAACGAAUACGAUUCUAAGUGGAGUAAUACGUACCUAGUAGUAGAUAUUAGUCGGCUUUUUGACUUCUUGCUAGGGUAACCAGAAAUCAACAAAAAACGAAAAAAAUACCGUAGGAGUUGAACCAUUAAAAAAUUCGAUAAAUAUUGCGAAUAUAGUACUACCGGACAUUACACAUUAUUUUAAGUACUGAAAAAUUCGAAGCAUUUUACUCACCAAAAAAGUAUAAUUAUUGUUCUUCUCCUUCACCAUCAAUCCAGCUAUUUAGAGUUGGCUAUUUUCGUCCUUAACAUCCACUUGACCUGAUCUUCCACCUCACAUACACCAGAUGUCCUCAUAUCAUUUUCAAUCACAUCCAACCACCUCUUUUUCAGUCUUUCUCUCCUUUCUUCUUACAUUUAUUUGUAUUACCAUUCUUACUGCUUCUGAUUUCUCUCACAGUCUCUCUUCAUAAUAUGCCUAAACCAUCUCACGUUUACAAAUACAAAAAAAAUUAAUUUUCAGAGGAAAUAUUAGGAAUUUCGAACAUGUUUUCAAAUAAAGUGCCAUCAAUUAAAAAAUCCGCGUAAAAAAAUCUGAGUAAUUUUCUAGAAAAAAAAGCACAUGUUUUAGUAAAACUAGAUGUUACACACUCCUAAUCAAAAAAAAAAAAACAUAAAAACAAUAAGUAAUUAAAAUAUUUAAAAAUAUUUCCGUUUACACUAUACCAGCAAUAAUUUAACAUCAUAAAUGUAGUUAUAUUCAUUACAACAAAAAUUUCUAUUAUACAACAAGUUUGUAACGUCUUCGACAUUAAAAUUUUCCCUAAACUUAGUAAAAUUCAAAUUGUAAAUAAAACAUAUUUACGUGGUUUAAACAAAUUUAAAAAAACUAAAAUAAUUUUUUCUAAAAAGAUCUAUCUCAACUAUUUAUUUGGUUUCUGUUAUCUGAAUACUUACUUGGGUUGGUACCUACCACAAAAGUUGUAUUAAGUUUAAAAGUAUUUAAUCCGUACAAAUAAUUUUGUAAAAAUAUAUAUAAAUUAAAUAAUUACUAAAAGACUGAGUAGUAAAUGAUUUAUUAUUUUUACCAUUAAUUAGUAUAAGAAACAUCGACCGAGAUUGUAGACAAAAUAUCACUUAAAAAUACAAAGUCGCCUUCACCUUUUAAAGAACUCUUACGAGGUACCUUAUUGAUGAGAAUAUUCGUAGAGCGUUUCACCUUAAACAAGGAAGCUACACGAAAUCGAAUACAUCAAUGUCUGGAAGGAAACUCAUUGGGGUAGAGCCGUUAAUAUUAAUUAUGUUUUAGCACUCCUUCACACUAUGUACACAUUGUGUGUCCUCGAAGUAUUUCAGCGACGCCUUCUCACUAUAUAGAGGGACCUGACAGCGUUAUUAUUAUGAUGGCCCCUUGAAAAAUGGUCACAGGCUUACACUGCCAUAUCGCACAAUACGUCGAUUUUCCUUACCCAAUUAUUUUAAUAGCCCAUUCACAACGAAUGUACAACGACGCCACGUACAACUAUUAAACCGCCCGAAAUGACUAAGUAAAACACGGAACUUUGCGCACUUUAACAAAACCUUUAUAUACUUUGUACCCUAUCUAUAGCCCAUACCCUUUCUAAAAUCUAAGGCCACACAUGGUACCCCAACUAACCACACUCCACUAGCGCGGUUAUUUUAAGCACAUUUUGGCCAUACAUUUUUUAUUUAACGGGUUAUAAGAUAUGUCAUUUGCAUAAUAGCUUAUUGUGAAACGCUUUGUACCCACACAAUAAAUUCUGGUACACUGGACAACAUAAUAUAGACAAAUUGCAUGUAUGAAAUAUAUAUAUAUAUAUAUAUAUAUAUAUUUUAAUGUAUCAAAUUGUUUAAUAUAAAAUAUUAAAUGAAAAUAUAUUACUAUUAUACUAAUAAUAUUAGUUAAAUCAAAUGUAUUAUCAAACAACUAUACAAAUUCCUGCGGUAGCCAUUCUCUUUUGGAAUACUGGACUACAAAUGUAAUUGGUACUACAAUAAUUAUUUAUAUUGUCUAUUUGAAACUAUUCGGCUGCAGUUUCAUGCCUAUCUACAUAUUACAAAUAUACAUAGUUACAAAAUAAUUUUAGCUCAAAUAGUGUAAUAAUGUAAUAAAAACAAACAGUAAAGAUAAAUUAUUAGGGAGGUUAGGUACCUAAUUCAAGAUAAUUAUACAUAUAUACAUAUAGAUAGAUAUAGGUAUAUACCUAUCUACAACUUGGCCGUUUUUCACAAAAUAACGCUUAAUCACUUUCAAAGAGUUAAAAGCUGUACUAAUAAAUCCACAAUUACUGGUUUAUCCGAACUAGGGAGGAAGAAAAUUUGAACUUAAUGGCCGACACAAGUGAAUUCCCACAGUAUAAGAGCGGUAGGUACUUUUGCAAAGGGACCCCAUUAAAUAAAUACAUUGCAUAUGCAAGUCGAACCUUAAACAAACCGAAACUAACUAUAAUAUAUAAUUCAAAAAGAAAUAUUAGUAAUCAUAUGGAUUAAUAAAUAUUUCCGAUAAAAUCUUUACAACCAAUGUUUUAAUGAGUUAAUCAGUAAUUAUAAUUUAUAAGUAUCGUCUCAUCAGAAUAUGGUUUAUGGUUUACACGAUAACUCAAAGAAUAAAAAUAGGACGAAGAAGAUUACAGUACAUGUUUUCAACUAAUGUACCUAGUAUCUACACUAUUGAUCUUUAAUCGAUUUAUUUAAACGUAAAAUAAAAACUGUCGGUAGUAGGUACCUAUCUAUUUUUAAAUCUAUGUUAAAAUGGUUAACAAUUCAUAAUUUUUAUGAUAUAGCGGUGGAUUUACUCAUUGUUGAUGAUUUUACGAAUUUUCAUUAACAUUGAAAAAUUGUAUCGUUUCAGUAUUCUCAUAAAGCAAAAAAUAAUUAAACGAAUAAAUUGUUUAAAAUAGGGAUAUUCAAUUAUACAAUAUUAAUUUAAUAAUAGUUUUCAAAAUUUAAAAAACAAAGGGACACAAUUCGCACGAUGGGUGGACCUCUAUUGUAGGUGAGAAGUUGGGAAGGUAAAGGAGAAAUGUAAUGUGUAUCUGUACACAACGAUUAAUCAUAGCGAACGAAAACAAUUAUGAGCAGAGUUCGGUUAUACAUGUUUUGAAAGGCCGUAAUAUUUACGAUUUAAAAAUAAUACGUUUCGUAAAUUUUCCCGUUUUCAUACGAGUUUUUUCCAUUUAUUAUGAAAACGCCUUGGAAAAUUAAAGAAUUACCUCUUUAAAGUACAACUCCACAAAAAUUUCCUUUCAGAAAGUACAGUUGUACUACAGUUGAAAACUGAAGUAAAAUUUCUGGUAUAAAAGUUGUUCACAGAAAAAAUAAUAAAUUAACUUCAUUGUAAAACCAAUACAUGUCUUGCUCCACUCAGAAUCGAACAUUUUGUUACUUAUUUACAUAGAUAUACAGGGUGUCACAUAACAGUGUUAUAUAGACGUUAUAUAACUUUAUCAUUAUUUAUUUUUUCUUGAAUUUUUUUUCAAUCGUGAUUUGGGUCAAUGGGACAUAUAUGUAUAUAUGUAUACUUAAAAUAAGUGUUAGUUAAAUUCAAUUAAUCCCAUUACUUAAAUAUAUGUAAAUAUUCCCCAUAGUGAUAUUGUGAUUUUUUUUUUUUUUAAUGUUUGAAUUAUUUAAUAAAUAAAAACAUUAUAAUAUAUAAACAGAAACUAUACUGCCAGGUUGCAUCAACUAUCUAUAAAAAUAUUUUGUUAACCUAUGAUAUCGUAUUGAUAAAUUAUUGGACAAAUAACAUUAUUGUGCCUGUUAAGUUGUGACUUAGCUGUUACAUAAACCUUUCCAUAUAAAUUUACCAUAGUUGGGGUUUUAUGGUAUACAAUUUGAAUUUACAAUUUACAAUCUAAUGAAAUAAAGAUAAGUAAAGUUGUCCGAAAAAACAUACUUUUAAAAUGAAUUAAACUUUCAUUAAUUAAUAAUAAUGAUGUAUUUAAAUACAGAGGAUAAUAAUUAUUGACGAUUAUUAUUUGAAUAAUAUUAAUGUAUAUACUAUAUAAUAAUGUUUGUAGUAAUAAUAUUAAAUAAUAUUUCACACUAUUAAGUAUCAACGAAUAACAAAAUGUGUAUAAGAAAAAAUUGCAAAUAACUGAAAAAUAUAAUGUGUUAUCAAUUUAAUAAAAAUAUGAACCUGUUUUUAAUAUUUAUUGAACCAAAAUUGGGGCUCCAAAUUCAUCGAACCGAUAAGAGGUUAUUUGUGGGAUCGAUAAAAGAUAAAAGUAGUUUCUGCAACUGUCGGUCAUUUUAUUGAAACGAUUACGGUGUUAUCGAUUCGAUAUCUAAUAGUUCAUUUAUCCGACAUAGAUGUAUUACAAUUCAUAUGUUGUGUACCUAUUUCACAAUUCAUUAUAAUAUAUAUAUAUAUAUAUAUAUAUGUAACGUAAAUAUCAUUUUUCUUAAAAGAUAUAUUAACUACUAAACGGAUUAAUAUUUAGUACAUAGCACUUUAAUCAAAUUAUUAAAAAUGAAAAUAAUCUGUUUAUAAAUAAUUAUUGUACUUUAGGUAUACCAAAAAAAGACCUCCCAGAAAUCAACGGAGGUUCAGAAAUUUAUCAAAGUGACGAUACUAUCUAUUUAAAUUGUACAUCAGCCAAAUCAUAUCCAGCCGCAAAACUUCGGUGGUAUAUCAAUGAUAAAAUAGUAAGUUGAAUUAUUAGUUUUUCCAUUCAAUUAGAUUUAAUUAAUUAAAAUAAAUCAAAAGUAUAUAACAAAACACGCAUACAAAUAUUUGGCUUACAGUGUAAAUAAUUUAAAAUCUUACAAUAAUAGAGCUAAUUAUUCAAAACUUAAUUAACAAGUUAUAUUCAAACUAAAAACAAUGUAAAAAUAAGUUUGUACGACUGGGCACAUUUUAAUUUUGAAUUUGAAAAGCAUCAGAAAGUUUAAAAAUAUUCAUUCGAGGUUUUAUUAUUAUUAUUGUAUCUUCCAGGGUGAGUGUAAAUUUUUUAUGGCUUACAAAUACAGCGUAUAAGUAUUGUAUUUAACAACAUGGCGGAAACCAUAUAAAAUUAAUAAUUUUAAACACGUGUUUUGAAAAGUGUGAUAAAAUACCAAGUACCUAUCAUUUUUUCUCAAUACUUAAACAAUAAUACAAACACACAAUCGACAAUUUAUAUACCUACACUUAAUUCAUAUACUAUUAUACAGGGUGGGCCAAAAGUCAGUUCCUACAUUAUUUCAAUUUUUUCGAACUUCAAAACCAAAUUGUUUAUUUGACGAAGACUGGCGGAUUUUUGGCACAAAUCUACAACUUUCUUUCUGCCUUUCCGGUAGUACGUUUUUACAAUGCUUUAUCCAUCGUCAACUUGAUAAUUUUAAAAUAGAAAAUUUAAAAAAAGAAACAAGUUUUCGUACGUUUUCACAAUAAACACGCGUUUGUUCGUUAUCGAUAUGAUAAUAAUUGUAAAUUAUAAGUAAAAACAAUAACAGCAAGCGAUAACAAACAAUGCUAUCUAGUCAUAUAAUAGCAUCUUAGAUGCUGCUUCCAUGAAAAUCAUGAGUUGUAAAAGGAGGGGUAGCUAAAAGUUAAUAUGUGUUGCUAGAAGGUCACCGCGCCAUGAUAAAUACUAUUACCUGCUGGCUGUAAGGCAUUAUAUUACCCCUCUCUAAUAUGUAAACGGUUGGUCAUGUUUCCCUCUUUAUUUUCAUGUGCAACUACAUGAUCGACGGAAUGUUUAAGUGGCUGCAAACCGAUUUUUCGCAGUCGUAUUUUUACAAAAUUAAAGUGGGCCCGUGUUUUGAAAAAACGGAAACUGACUUUUGGUCCCCAUAAAUUUUAAUAAUUUUGGUAAUUUUUAACAAUACUCAUAUUCAUAAAUAAACAUUAUGAUAUUUGUACCGCAGUUAAUUUAAAAACAAAUGAACUAAAAACAUGAAACAUGUUCUUAAAAAAUUGUGGAAUAACGAAUAGAUAGGUGUAUAGUUGGUGUUUUUAUUAAAAUAGAGUAUUAUUAAAUUAUAAUUCAAUUUAUAUUAUUGGCUCAAGUUAAAGAAAGAAAGAAAUGCAAAGAUUUUGUGUGUACUAAACAUACAGAGUAAGCCCAGCGGUCCAGUAUGUUGUCAUAAUAUUACAUUUAUUGGUUACGAUAUUAUCACACAAAGACGAUACUGUAAUUUAUAUAGAACUCGGCAUGUUAGAGUUUAUUUUAUGAAUAAAAUAUGAAUGCAUUUCGCAGAAAAUUAAAUUAAAAAUCGUUUUAGUAAAUAUUUUUUAUUUCCAAAACAAUAACCAUUUCACGGACUGAUAAAUUUCAAUGUUCAAUAAUAUAAUACAAUGUAAUUUCCAAUAAAAUGAUGCAAAGUUACACUAUUAUAUUGCCAAUAGAUUUUUUUCUUCCCCCCCUCUGCUCUGGAAAAAAUAUGCAAAAACAAUAUUUUAUUUUCAAACAGUAUACAUAAGAAAACACUAUAUUUUCUAUGUGAAUAGAUAUAGGUGUUCGUCGGUACACGAGUAUGUUAACAAAAAACUUUUUUUUUCAAACUUCCGGAUGUUUCAAUGUGAUAAAUUUAAAAUUAAAAUAAAUCGAAAAUCGUCCUGAUACACAAAAUAACAUUGACAAAUGUCCCACGUGACUACGUCAUACCACUCGUACCUAUAAUAAUACCUUAAAUGGGGUAAUUUUAAAUUUUAUAAAAAUAGGAGUAGCAUAAGAGCUAUACGUUUUUCAUAUUACAGAACGGUAAUUGUAUAUUUCAGGUGAUUUCAAAUAACGACCGCACUGAAAAAUUACCAAACGGUUUGUACGUCAGCAUAUCAAAGUUAAAUUUGCCAGCAUCUCCGGAUCGCUUUCACAAUGGCAUGAUGAAAGUUACAUGCCGAGCCGUCAUCAGUAUAGGGCGUCCAAAAGCAUUACCACCGCCAUGGGAAUAUAAACGCGAUGCAAUACUCUUGGGUAAGUGCAAAGUACCAUUAUCUGAUUCUAUUUAAAUAUUGAACGCCUUGUGUAUACUUACGAGUAUACAGUUUCAACUCGUUAGUGGUGAUCUGCAGCUACAUAUUUUACUAGUUUAACCAAUAUCAACCGAUUUUUAAAACCAUUUCGAUUGUUUCCGUUUAUACAUGUUUUUAUCUAAUUUUGAGUUUUAUUGUCAUAAAUAUAUAUAUAUACAUAUUUAAUAAUGUAAGUACAUUCGAAUAAUCUAACUGUCAGUGGCGUGUAGAAAAUCGCUUUGUUGUGACCCAGCAAUUUUCUAUACUUAUCACUACAACAGUAAUACCCUUUAAAUAACAUUUUAAAAUAUUUUUGGUGGUUUAAACUUUUGUUUAGGUAUGGUCUUUUAUUUUCACCAAUUUAUUGUUUUUUCUAAAUGUGAAUAUAGCUGAUCAUUAUAAUGGUGCAUUGUCUCAAUAAACAAAUUUUCCCGGAGUAGUUGUAAGUAUUCAGUUUCCAAUCAAUUGCGUGUAUACGAUUAUAUAAUCGUCUAUACGAAAUAGAUAAUGUCACAUUGAUAUGAAAUUUAAUAAUAAUAAAAUUUAAUUUAAUUUAAAAAAUAACUGAUAUUGGGAACGAGUGCGGCCACUGUUGUCGGUGUGGGUAGUUGAGAAAUUAGGAUACACCAUUGCUAACGAAAAACGAUUCGGAACAAAGUUCGCUUAUACAUUCUUUGAAAGGCCACAAUAUUUACGAUUUUCGUCAAAAUUUAAUUUUAAUACUCUUAUAAAAAAAAAAAUACUAUACAUUAUAUUCAAUUUGUUUUUACCACUAAGUACGACUUAUAAUGAAACUCCUGUCAAUUUUUUUAAACAUUUAUGUUUAGCCCAAUAAUUAUAUCCACAGAUUACAUAUCAAAUAAAAAUUACGUAAAAAACUAGAAAAAUUAAAAUUUCUAUAAAUAUAGCUUAGAAAUGGCUGUUUUGAAAAUUUGAUCGUGUUUAGAAAUGUCAAAUAUAAGUUUUUUAUCAAAAUUUAAAUUUUCUCUAUGAAUAUUUUUAACUGAAUAACAAAAAAACAAAAAAACAAAUUUGAAAAUAAUAGAAGAUUUUUUUUCAUAAAUUAUCCAAUUUAUUCUAAGUAUUUUGUGCUUUGCUCAAUUAUUACAAAAACUACUAAAAAAUAAAAAAACAAAUUAAUUACUCACGAACUAGUUGAAAAAAAGGCCUCUUGUCAUUUUUUUAUCGGAGCAAUAUUUAUAGUAGAAAACAUGAGCCGUAAAAAUGUUAAAUAAUUAAAUGUUGUAGUAUAUAUAAAUCGUAUUUUUUCGAUUUUUCCAAUUAUUAUUAAAAAAACUACUUUAGAUAUAAAAAAAAUAUUUCUGGUAAAAAACACCGUGAAUAAAAAUGUAAAACUAUAACAGUAACGCCACGACGGUUGGCCGUAAAUGUUUGUUGUUUUACCUAUAAUUUUCUUUUAGGUUUUGGAAAAAGUUUCUAUUAUUAUGAAAACCUCUUGGAAAAUCAAAAAAUGACCGCCCUAACGCGCCACUCAAUAACAUUUUCUUCCAGAAAAGGUGUUACACUUGAUGCAUUGGAGCAAGAUUUCUGGUAAAAAAGUUUCUCAUAGGAAAAAAAACAAGCACACAAUUUUAGUAAAACCAGUGGGUCUCUCAUUACGCUCCAAAUUUAAAAGUUUAAAGCAAUGCCUUAAUUUUUAAAAACACGAUAAAUCAAUUUAUAUCCUCAGGAUAUUUCAUUAAUUUCAAAAAGGACAAAUAUAAAUUUAAUAAUCACCAAGUAUUAAUAAAGGACAGCAUCGACAAAGAUUGAUGGAAGAAUGUAGUUGAGGUAAUGAAAGUCCUUCGAGGACCGUAAAAGCUGCGGAAGAAGUACGUUUUGUGAAUUAUUUUAUUUUUAUUAUCGUAUAAACCUACGCCUACUCGAUAAUGCAUUUUAUUGCAUCUUAUAAUACAAUUCAAAACAUUGUCUAACAAAAUCUGAAAAACUAGUUUUCGUUAAAAUCAUAAUAGUUUAUAAUAAAUAUAAUAUAUAAUAUAUAUUAUAAUUAUAUAUUAUAUAUAUAAUUAUAAUAGUAUAAUAGUAUUAUACGAGUAAUAUAAACUAUAUUAUAAUACUUUUGCGUACAGAACAAAAUGUUCAAGCCUUCAAAAUUUAAAAAAUAUGGGUUGAAAUCUUUCUAAAUAAACAGUAAAUCUUACAUAGAUGAAAUUUUCGCAAUAUUUUUGGUUUUAUGUAGUUACAACUUCUUCAAAUAAAAAGGACGGACAAACUUCGAAUGUGGGUACAGCCAAUGUUGUAGGUGAAAGGUGGGAUAAAGAAGGGAAUUUAAUGAAUAUCUGUAAGCAACGAAAAACCAUUGCCAACGAAGAAAGCGGAGUUCAGUUGAUAGUGUUGCUUUGUCAACAAUAUAUAUGUCAUAUUAUGGUAAAAUAAUUACAACAAUGUGCGUUUCCAUGACAACAAUAUUUGUUUAAAAUGAUUUUAAAAUAAUGCAAACUUAAUAACAACAGAAAAUAAAUAAAAACAGUUACCAAUGACAACCUUAUUUUUAAUCUUUAAAUCUUUUUUAACGUAUAGAACCAGAUUUCCUUCAUUAUUUCGAAUAUUAAAGAGAAUUUCAAAAAAUUACCGUUUUAAUCCAGAGAACAUUUUCUUUCAGAAAAAUUGCUAUACUUGAUAACCAAAUUUAGCUUUAUCGUAGAAAAAGUGUUUACAUAAAAAAAAAAAAAAAUCAUAAUAAACCAAUACAUUCUUCGCUAAACUGAGAAUCUAAAAUUAAACUAAAAGACACAAACACUUUUGUUAGAAUAAUAGAAAAACAUAACCAAGAUUGUUUUUUAUCUAUGUUGUGGUUUGAUGACUAAGAUUUUAUAACACAAGCACACAACCAUAUUUUAAAGCAAGAAAACUGUUUGUUAAUAUAAAAAUUUAAAAAAAACUUUUUUUUAAAACAAUAAAUAAAAGAACAAUAUAAGCAAUGAGCACAACAAUAAUAAUAGUUAAAAAGGAAUUCAAAGGUGGAUUUUCACGAUAUGAAAAUAUAAGUUAUUUUAACCGGUUUUUCUUUGUAUUAUGUCUUGUACAAUAAUUUAAUUUCAAUAACAUUUUCCUCUCAUAUUUCUAUAUUAAAAAUAUAUGCUAUAAUAAUAAUUACAAAAUAGACAUUGUCUAAACAAAUAUUUUAGUUGUUUUUUUGGGAGUGAAGGAGUAUUUAAAUUUAUUUAAAAUCGGUUGAAUAGGUAUAUGAAUAAUUCAUCGUUUUAAGAUAAUAAAUAAUUAUGCCGUAGCACAAUUUAAAACAAUAAUUUAAUGAACCGUAACAAUAAUGAUACAUACAUAAUAUAGUGUCUCGCUGCAAUGGUUUUCCCCGUUAAAACUUUGUGACUUUUUUUUUUAAGCAUCUGAUUUGUACAAAUUAUUACUUUAUUAAGAGAUAAAUUUAAAUUCUAAAUUUUACAUAAAUAUAACGUUUUUUUUUUUUUCUGCCUUUAAUUAUUUACCUAUUAAAAUAGUACCAACUUUCCAAUGGCAUCCUAUAAUAAAUUUAAUUAGAAUUCUAGAAAAAAGAAAACGCUUUAGCACACAUAAAUUAAAUAUUGAUAAUAUUUUAUUUAUAAUAAUUAUUUCUUGACGUUCGGAUAAGAGAAUGUGUGUACAUUUGCCCCCCCCCCCAACUUUAUCAAAUCUUCUCUAAACUUCCACCAUUAUAUUGAAAACAAUUUGAAAAAAUUUGAAAACCUGUCUUCAAAAUUUAAAUACUCUUAGUUUCACCACAAGAAGCUUUUUAACUAAAGGGGGCAAAAAUGCAUGCAGCCCCCUAUGUUGUCCGAUCAACUUUAAACCUUCGCUGAUAAUUUGAAAACUUUUAUUUUAGCUAUAAAAAUGGUUAAGUCUAAGUGUCAAAUUCACGCAUCAAUCUAUAUUAUUGUAUGUAUUUUUCUUUCCCUUUUUUUCUCUCUCAUUUUUUUUUUUUUUUUUUUUUGUUCCUGAUGUUAUCAUUGUUUACUGUGUUCAAAGGGCUAUUGUCCCGUAAAAUGUUAAUAAUAAAAAAAAAUUAAAUUAAAAAUUGUUUUACUUCUGGAGGCCAAAUUCACACAUCACUCCAGCGUCUAUGAUAUUGUCCUCUCAUAUAAUAGGGGGUUCGGAAAAAAAGUAAGUGAAAAAAAAGCAAUGGAAAAAAAAACCUAUGAAAACUAUUUUAAGCUGAUUUUUAUAUUUUUUGUACUUAAAAUACAAUAGUAGUCAUUUUUUAUACUUUCGAUUAUGGACUGCAGAUUUCGACAUCUUGAUUCGAUUAUUAUUUUUAUGAAAACGUUUAAUAUAUUAUAAUUGAAUAUAUAAUAUGGCCAAUGGUAUUGAAAUAUAGAGUAGGUACCUAUUAUAUGGCAUUAUAAAAUAUUAUGUAAAACUAAUCAAUAAUAUUACUUUUUAUAUUAUAAUAUUUAAAAUAAAUAUAUUGCCGUUUACCACUUGCUUUUUUUCCAUAUACUUUUUUUUCCGAACUCCCCCCCUAUUAUAUGGGGGAAAAUUUUAUAGACAUUGUAGUGAUGCAUUAAUUUGGUCUCUAGAAGUGAAACAUUUUUUUUUUAUUAUUUUUUUUUUGUUAUUAACAUUUUACGGGACAUGACUCUUUAAAUACCGUAAACAAUGAUAACAUCAAAAACAAUAAAAAAAAAAGAUGCCAUAGGAUAAUGGAAUCGGGUGCGACAACUGUUAUAGGUAAUUUAGUGUAUCUGUAAGCAACAAUAAACCAUUGCUAACGAAAAAACGAUUCUGAGCGCAGUUCAGUUGAUAAUGAUGCUUUGUCAACAAUAUAUGUAUAUCAUAUUAUGGAAAAUAAUUAAAUUAUUAAAUAUUAUACAUUUUCUUUAAUAAUAUUUGUUUAAUAUUGUGCCGAUUUUCCCGUUUUUGCUGGGAAAACUUUUGAGAUAAUCGAAAAUGACCUCUCUAAAAUACCUCUAGUGCUAUCAUUGUCAAUUGAAGUAAAAUAACUGGUAAAAAUGUUGUCUACAGUAAAAAAAAUCGUAAUAUUUUACUAAUGUAUUUUGUACAUUUUUUCGUUUUUCACAAUUUUUUCUUUUUAUUGGGAAAACUCCUGGAAAAAUCAAAAAAUGAUCUCCUCAAGUUACUAUGGAGAUUAAAUUACCUUUUAGAAAAUAAGCUACUUUUGAUACAUCGAAGCAAGAUUUUUGGUAGAAAAGUUUACACAAAAAAUUCGAGAGGUAUUUGCUAUUAAAAUAGUCCGAACGAGCGAUGGCUUGGGUUUCUAGGUACACCGAAAAUGCAUUUCUUUUUUCCUUGUUUAGGUAAAAAAGAAAAAAAAAUGCAAACAAAUUUUUUUCGAAACAUGGGUUUGAAUUCGCGAACUCUAAAAUGAAUAUAUGUAUGUGUAACCAUUCAGCUACGACAAAAAUACUUUAGAGAAGACAAUAUUUAGUUAUUUAACAUAGGAUCAAAUAUCCGCAUACUAUCAGAACUUCAAAAAGCUAUAAUUUCGAAACUUAAUCAAUCCGCUUAAUACUGACCAUCGUUCUUCAAUCGGCAAUAUACAUACAUUCAAAAAAUCUGAUUUGUUUCACAUAAUUUUUUACUCUACGAUUUUCGUCAAAACUUGAUAUUAAAAUUCCUUUAUUUAUAAAAAAAAAAAUUACUACAUUAAACACAAAUUUUCUCAUUUCGACCAAUAAGUAAGACUCUUAAUGAACCUCCUGUUAAAUUUUCAAGCAUUUCUAUUAAGUCUAAUCGUUUUAUCACAGAGUACCUAUCAAAUAAAAAUUACAUAAAAUUAAAAUGUCUAUAAAUAACUCAAAAAUGACUUAAAUUUGUUUAAAAUUUUACCACUUUUAGAAAAUGGAAAUAUAAGUUGACUGUCAGAAUUUCAAAUCUCUUCAAAUAUUUUUAUUUGAAUUACAACAAAUAACAAAAUUGAAAAAUUAAGCAUUAUUUUCGUGAAUUUCCCGUUUUUCUUAUGUUUUAUCCUGGUUUUUCCCAGAUAUUAAGAAAACCGCUUGGAAAAUCAAAAAAUGACCUCCCAAAAGUACCAUCUAGACAACAUUCCUUUCAGAAAUAGUGCCACGCGUCUAUAUCUGAGCAAGAUUUGAGAAGGUUUAAAAAAAAAUAAUAAUAAUAAUAAUAAACAUCUUAGUUAAUCCAAUACAUUCUUUGCUACACUCAGAAUCUAAAAAUGAGAGAGAAAAAAAUGGGAAAGAAAAAUACAUAGCGAUAUUAUAGAUUGAUGCGUGAAUUUAGCACCCAGACCUAACCAUUUGUAUAGCUAAAAUAAAAGUUUUCAAAUUUUUUCAAAUUAUUAGUGAUGGUUUGAAGUUAAUUGGACAACAUAUGGGGCUGUAUGAAUUUGGCCCCUUUCUCAAAAAUGCUUUUUGCGGUGAAACUAAGAGUUUUCAAAUUUUUUCAAAAUAAUGAUGGAGGUUUGGAGAAAAUUGGACAAAGGGGAAGGCCAACUUCACACACGUGAUAAACAAUGUAGAGUAUCCAGGCCAUCUAGGUAAUAUACAAAAAUAUAAGGCAUACAAAAGUCGACUUAAUAAUUAUUUUAAGCAACCUAAACGACCCAUAACUAUCUCCUAGUUUUGUGCUCAGCCACUUAAUGUGAUUACAUUGUGGGUCAAUAAAUAAUCAGUAAUGAAACAUUAAUUGGGAUUUUUUUUAAACUAAAGUAAAAUAAAAACUAUUAAAUAGGUUAGCAUUUCAAUUAAUUAUACAAUUACCAAUCCGAAUGAGUUAAAAAUACUUCCAUGAUCUGUUAUCAAACUAAACAUAGAUGUUUGGAGGUAUUCGAUGACUAUACUAUUUAAAAUAUAAAUAAUACAUGUAAUUAUAAUUGUCAACACAUUUUAAACUAUUAAACUAUUAAAUAUUAACAAAGAAAUUUGUACACAAUUAAAAAUAAAUUAAAGUAUAUUUUUAGAUUUUGAGCGUAGCGAGGGUUCUAUUGGUUUUACUAUGAUGUGUGACUACCAGAAAUCUUAUACAAAGUGAAGCACCUUUUCUGAAAGGAAAUUGUAUUUAGUUGAUGCUUUAAUAAAGUAAUUGUUUUAAUUUUCCAAGGGGUUUUCAUAAUAAUUAAGAAUCGGAAAAAAAAUUAUUGGAAAAACAGCAAAUAUUUACGGCACGCCACAAAGUAAAUGAUUUCAUUGUUUUUAAUUUGUACACGCUAUGCUUUCUAUACCAUAAAUAUUCCUUCAAUAAAAAAACGACAAAAUACCUUUAUUUUUACAUUUUAAAUCUAAUUUGAUUUUUCCUUUACUUUUUGUAAUAAUUAAGCAAAACUGAUAAAAAAAAAAUAAAAAAUAAGGAAAUUUACGAAAAUAAAUAAGGAUUUUAUCAUUUACAAAUUUUUUUUUUUUUAUUAAUUCAGUUAAAAAUAUUCACAGAGACUUUAAAUUUGUAUAGAAAACUUAUAUUAAAUUUUUCUAAACGUGAUCCAAUUUUCAAAACAUUUGAACAAUUUCUGAGCUAUAUUUAUAGAAAUUUAAUUUUGCUAGUUUUUUACGUAAUUUUUAUUUGGUAGUUACCUACUCUGUAGAUAAAAUCGUUAUACUAAACAGAAACGGUUACAAAUUCAACAGAAGGUUCAUUAUACGUAUUUCUUUUUUAAUAAGAAUUUUAAUAUCAAAUUUUGACAAAAAUCGUAAAUAUUACGACCUUUCAAAACAUUUAUAAUUGAACUUCGCUUCGAAUUGUUUUUCGUUAGCAAUGGUUUAUCACUGUUUACAGUUCCUUAUUAAAUAAGUUUAUGUAUCCUACCAUCCCAACUUCCCACCUACAACAGUGGCACCCGUCUCCAUCAACUCUUAUUAUAUUAGUAGCAGCUCUUUUUUUUUUCUUUAUGAAUAAGAUAUACUCGUGUGCUUAAUAAAUUAAUAAAAAUAUCUAGACGAUUGUCUGAUUACAUUUGUUAUACCAGUCUAACUUAAAUUUAUAUAAGUAUUAUUCUCUGCAUGCUAGAUUAAAUUGACGUUUAUUGAUUAUAAAAUAAAAUAAAAUACUCUUAACAGUUGUAUUUAACAACUCAGACAAUAUAAUUCAGUUAUUAUUAAACUAAUAUCAAUAAUAUUCUGAAAAUACUAUUUUAGCACGAUAGUUAUUUUGUAGUCUAUUUCAUAUGAUUACUAUUAAGUAGGUAUAAUAAUACUAUAAUUAAUUAAUAUUAUUGAUUUUAUUUUAAACACAUAAAUCACGGACAAAAAUCAGAAUCUCGGCGUGAUUAUAAAGAGGUUUUUUUUCCGUACUUUAUUUAUGAGACCAAUCAACGUAAAUUCAUUUUAUUUUCAUUUUUAUAUUUUGAUAAAUCCUUUAAAAAAUAUGUUUCUUGUUAUGCCCAGGAUCUAUAACUAAAAGAAAAAUGAACACAUCAAGUUUACAUUGUUGAUUUUGUAACAAUGAGAACAAAAAUUAAAAAUGAAAUUAAAAAAAAAAGUACAAUAGAAACCUUUAUUUCAUCAUUGUAAACAAAUUUGGCAUCUAAAAAUACAUUUUUUUGUUGUAUUCGAAAUACUAUACUGAGUGAAUUUUUAUGGAAGAUGAAGAAAUUCAUCAUCCACGCAAAAAAGUCAAACUUAAAUAAAACGGUUGUGUCCUAAAUUUCAGUUGCUAUUUUCUCCGGUUUUAUAACUACUUCAUAACAAAACCAUUUUAAAUCACAAUCUAUUUUCAAUCUCAACCCUACCAAUAAAUCAAAAAGACUAAAAAUAAAUUGUUUAAGAUCUAAAUUUAUCUAGCUAAUAAAAAAAUAAAAAAUAUGGAGUUAGGUUUAUAAUAAUUUUCAUCUUCUCUAUUUUACUAAUUUCACCAAUUAAAGUUUGCAAACUUUGUAACAACAAACGGUUUUCUUUAUGAUAUACUUACAAUAAUAGAUUUAUUACUACAUUUUGUCUAUACAUGUAAUCAAGGUAAUCAAAAAUGACAAUGCCUAAUAUAAAACUAAAUAAUUCAAUUUACUGUCUGAAAUGAUGAUUUUUGAUUGAAUGUUACAAACGACACAAUUUGAAAGAUAGUAAUCAGUUAUGACAAGAAGAAGCCCAGAAGAAAUAGUUUUUAUAUAUAUAUUAGAAAGAGAAUCGAAUUUGGUAUUUCAUAUUACCUCUUAGAUUUAUUUGAUAACUUAAAAUAUACAUAGAAAGUGUCUUUCUGAAUAUUAUUUUUAUCGCAGAAAACUCAGAUCAAUCAAAUAACAAAAUUAUAUAAAAAAAGCAAUAUAAAAAUACGGACAUACUUCGCACGUAGGUAGGCCACUGUUGUGGAUAAGAAAUUGGGAAGGUAGAGGGGAAAAUUAAUGUACAUCUGUACGCAAAGAUUAAUCUUUGCAAACAAAAAACGAUUCGAUUACACAUAUUUUGAAAAGCCUUUACGAUUUUCGUCAAAAUUUGAUUUUAACUCUUAGAAAAAACAAGUAAUACAAUACACUCAAUUUGUUUUUACCACCAAGUAUAACUUAUAAUGAACCUCCUACGUCAAGCUUUCAAUCAUUUAUAUAAGUCUACCAUUUUUUUUUUUUUUUUUGUUUUAUUGUUUUUAAUUAUUUAUUAUAUUCAUUUUUCAUUAUCCAAAGUAGUUUUCAUAAUAAUUGGGAAAAAUCGAAAACGAUGAAAAUAAGAUUUUUUCAAAUUUCAACAUAACGAUUUCGUUAUUUUAAAUUGUUAGGGUUUAUGUUUUCUACCAUAAAUAUUGCUCAAAUAGAAAAACGACAAGAGACGAUUUUUGUUGAAUUUUUAAUCUACUUCGUUAGUAAGUUAUUAGUUCAUUUAUUUUCUUUGUAGUUUUUGUAAUGAUUGAAAAAACCCGAAAAAUGACGAAAAUAACGCUUUUAUUGUUUUUAAUUUUGUGUUUUUAUUGUAAACUCGGUUGAAAAUGAUUUUAGAGACUUGUAAUUAAUACAAAAUACUUAUAUUAGUCUUUGUUAGACGUGGUCAAUUUUUUAAAACAUGGUGACGAUUUUUAUGCUAUUUAUAGUACAUAACAUUUUUGCCAUUUUAUAUGCAUUAUUUGUGUAUUAUAUUUAGGGUUCGAAACUUAUUCUACUUAAAACUUAAAAAAAAAACACUGAAAAACAUCAAAUUAGCCUUGAAAAAUAGCACUUCAAUCAAAUUUGAUUAGACCAAAUGUUAGAAGGGUUCAAAUAUUCUCCCUUUAACUACUUUAACUUAUUAAAUACAAUUCUCUAACGCUAGACAAAAUAUUAACCCAAAGUUUUUUUUUUUUUUAUAAUCUGUAUUUAAGCAAAAUAAUUUUCUGAUAAUAAUUUUUAUCGUGUUAGAAAAUUAUAUUUAACAAUUUAGAAUAGUUAGACAGGAGAUAUUUAAACCCUUUUACCAUUUGUUAUAAUAAUAUUUGCCGGAAUUUCUUUUUUUCGAUGCUUUCUUGACGUUUUUAAGUGCUUUCUUAUGAAUUUUAAGUGCAAUAAGUCUCGAACACUAAUUAUGUACCUCAGUACCUGUAAUUAAAACUACAUAGAAAUACUUGAAAAUAGCACACAACAUUCGUUGUAAGUUUAACUUAGUGGUGAUAAAAGUAAAUUGGAGCGUUAUGUUUUAUUUUUACUUUUAUAAGCGUUUAAAGAUCAAAGUUUGACGAAAAUUGUAGAAAUUACAGCAUUUGUUUUCUUUUUAUAUGAUAUUAAUAUGAAAACUAUUUGGCUGAACAAAAUUGCUUGCAACUUGAAUACAAAGUUCAUUAUAAGUUUUAUUUAAUGGUCUGAAAAACAAAUUUGAGCUUAAUGCUUUUGUUUUUAUUUUUUUUUUCAUAGGCGUUUUAAAAUCAAAUAUUGACGAAAAUUAUAAAAAUUACGAUAUUUCAAAAGAUACCUUAUCAAACUUCGCUCCGAAUUGUUCAUUAGUAAUGUUUUAUUAUGUGAUACAAAUAUAAAUAAAAUAACUUUAUAUAUCCUAUUGGUAAGGCUUUCAAUGAAUAUCUUGUUAAAUGUUUAAGCAUUUUUAAUUUGAUCAACAUAGUAGGUACACAAACUAAAAAAAGACUACGUAAAAAACUAGAAAAUGUCAAAUGCUUAUGAAAUAUUUUCAUCAUGACUAGAAAAAGCAAAUACAAUAAGUUUUUCGUCAAAACUUCAAGUCUCUGCGAUUUUUCCAACUGAAUUAAAAUUAAAAAAAACGAAGUAUAAAAUAAUGAAUUCAUUAUUUUCAUAAACUUUCCCAUACUCUAAACGUUUUUUUUUCCGAAUUUUCUUAAUUAUUGUAAAAACCCCUUGAAAAAUCAAAAAUUAACCCUUUUUUUAUGCACCAGCCAGAUCCAAAAUGUAACAAAAAGGUCUCUUGUCAUUUUUCGAUUGGAGCAAAUUUUGUGUUCGAAAAGUUGUUUACAGACAGAAAAAAUACAUCAUAGUAAAACUAAUGAAUCCUUUUCUCCGCUCCGAAUUUAAAAAGACACUAAUAUUAGUUAUUAACACAUUAAAUUAUAAUUAAUUUGAAAAGUUAUAUAAUUUCGGUUUAAAAAUAAACAAACCAUUUAUUUGAAUAGGUAAUGAUUAAAUUUUACACUCAAGUUUAAAACAAGCUGUGUGAAGUAUAAAGUUAUUAUUGAUAUAAUCACUUUCAAAGACAGGUAAUUAAUUUCAGAUGUCGAAUAUUACAUUAAAUAGAUAAUAAGAUAAAUUACAAUACCUUCAAACUAAAAAAAAAAAUAAAUAUAUUUAUUUAAAACCAUAUUAAUUAAAGUAGACAAUAUUAUUGGUGUACAUUACAUAUUAAAUUAAAUGUCGACAAACCUUAAUGAAUUUAAUGUCAAAAAUUUCGCCAAAAAGUAAGUUAUAAAAUAAUGUGGACUUAUCUAAUCUUCAUUAUUAUUUACGAAAACAUUUUUUCACUGGUUUUCUCAAUGAUAAAAUGUAUUAAUUAAGUAAAAAUCAACAUUGUAUUCAAUAAAUUAAAAUUUAAAAAAAAAACCUAACUAAAAUUUACAACCCAUGAAAUUUGCGUAAAAGAUAAACAAAUAUUUUUUUGAAAAACGAAAGCCUCAGGAAAAAAUAUAACUAAACAAGUAAAUAUUCAAAAAUUUAAGUAUGUUAAAAAAAAAACACGGAAAAACCCAUUAAUUACUAUAUGUAUUAAUUACCACACAUAACGUAGUUAUUAACAUUCAUUAAAAAUGGUAUAGAUUGCUAACUGACUGGUUUUUCGUCGGUAUACUGUAAAACUCCCUACAAUAGAAGACGAUAUGAUCAUUAUUACAAAACUGAGUUCAAUUUGAGUUCGAAAAGCUACUCACAGACAUAAUAAAUGAAAUAAUAAUAAUAAUAAUAAUAAUAAACCAAUAGAUCACUUUCUCAUCUUUGAAUCUAAAAACAAAAUCGAAAAUAAUAAAACCAUUAUUUUGUAUAUUUUACCAUUUUCCUUAACUGUUAAGAAAACUUAAUUUAUUCACUUAGUUCACCAACUAAAUAUAAUAAUUUUCUUUCAGCAAAGAUGUCACACUUAAAAAUCAGAACAAUAAUUCUGGCGGAAAAGUUGUUAAUAAACAAACAAUACAAAAACACUUCAUACUAAAGCAAACAUAUGCAUCAUUGCACUCAGAAUUGUUUUUUGCUAUUUUUUCCUCUAUAUUUGUUCAACUCUUUUCAACUACCACCUGUGUUCAAACUUCGUUUAACAAUUACUUACCUAAACAAAACUGCCGGAUGAAGUUUUUUGAACGUUUUAAGCAUAUUUGUGCAUAAAUAGAAAAUAAUUCCUGAGAAAAAAAAAUCACACGUCAAUUUAUAAUAACUAUAAUAGCCUAAUGGUACUCCUCAGAAUUUAAAAUAUGUUUUAAUCAGUUAAAAAUUGUAAACAAACUCGUAUGGUGCCUAAAUUCUUAACAAAUAAAUUUUAGAUUUUGAACCGAGCAAGGAAUGUAGGUGGGUAUGUUAGUUUUACAUGGUGUAUUUUUUUUCCUAUACCUUACACUUUUCGAAACAGUAAAAAAACCUCAUAAAAUUCAUCCAACAGUUUUAUUGAUAAAUAAUAAUUUAUUAACACGAUUGUUGCUAUAUCAAUGCUAUAAAAAUAGUAAAACACUGAAGAAAAAGAAAAUAAAUACAACCAAAUGUUCAAAUUUUAAUUCUGAGCUGGAUUGUUUUUCGUAUUCAAUUUAUUGUGAUUUUUGUUUUUUAAAUAGUAAUGAAGUAUUGAAUUGUUUUCUUGUAAGUUCAAAAAAAAAAAAAACCAUUUUUAAUUAUAAUUAUUAUUUAGUUAAUCACUUAAUGUUUUAUCUAUUUGAUUUCAGUACGCGGAUCAGCAGUAGCCAUGUGUAUAACGUUCAAUAUAAAAGUAACUUUAAUAGUAUUAACGUUCACCGUAUUUUUAAUUAAUACAUCGUGAAAAUUGUACAAAAUAUUGUUAUCCAAUUAUAUUGGCUGCUUUGCUUAAACUAUGUAAAAUUAUAUUGUUAUCUUGUUAUCUUAUUAAAUUUUGUUUUUAAUAAACAUUUUAUCUGCGUUUCAACUAUGUACCUAACUAUACAUUUUUCAGUUUUUUACAUGUACAUAAACCUAAUUUCUUUUUAUGUUUAUACUAGCUUAGAUAACUGUAUUGUUUUGUACAAUAUUGUAACACUUUAAUUAUUAAUAUAAUUAUAAAAAGUAUAUACUAUAUAUCUGAUUAGUA